CAGGGACAUUUUCGCCGACCUUCAGACGUGGAGGCAAAAUGCCCUGGGGACGAGUUUCAUUUAAUGUACCUUUUUAAUCUUAUUUGUUUCAUCUUCUAAUCGUAGGUUGAAAUUCUUGGUUUUCUCAUCUCCAUCCUGAAGAGAAGCAUUACAAAUCUACAGAUUUGCACCAGUGUUGGAUUAAUUGAGCGUAUUCUUCAAAGGUUACCAAACGAAGCUGAUAUUGUAGCAGGUAUCGUGUAAAACCCCGACACCAUACAGUAACAAUUAAAAGACACACAAAAAGUUUCUAUAAAUCACUGGAAACUAUGUUUUAUUUAAGAGAUUUAUUUUAUUAAAUGCUGUCCGAUUGCCCAAUAAAUUGCCCGAUUUCUAAGUAUAAUAUGCCCGACUUAGAAAUGAUUACCCCCCAGUCCCCUCUCAUACGCAUAUCUGAUGAUUCCAAGAACGAUAUUUAGAAGGACGAUAUUCAUGAAUAUUCCUGCAACACUAUAGAUACGAUUGCAACACUAUGGAUAUACGAUUUUCAGACCACUGUCUAUUUUUGGUAUCGCUCCGUAGGCUUUCGGAAUAAGUAAUAGUAUUCUUAAUAGACAAUUCCCAUUAUAGACUAAUUUUAAAACUAGGCAAGGAGAUGCAAAUAAAUCACCACAGCUAGAAAGAGCAUUCUAAAAUUAGUAAAAAUGCAAAGUUUGGUUGCGAAAUGUUGUAAAAUGCGGAAAAUAUAGCCUUGCAAAUGUUGUAUACUUUUGUAUUGCGUGCGGAAUUUGGGCCCGAAUGUGGUAGGAAUGUGGUAGGAAUUUCCGUACGCAAUACAAAAGUAUACAAAAUUUGCAAACUUUGCAAGGCUAUAUUUUCCGCAUUUUACAACAUUUUGCAACCAAACUUUGCAAUUUUACUAAUUUUAGUAUGCUCGUUCUGGCUGUGGUGAUUUAUUUGCAUCUCCUUGCCUAGUUUUAAAAUUAGUCUAUAAUGGGAAUUGUCUAUUGUCUUUGCCAGUGUUCUGUGGGUAGCGCCAAUCAAAUGAACAAGCUUUCGUUGAUAGGGAUGCAAUGACCUGGAAAAUACAGGGAGAAUUUCGACGUUUCGAGCGAAGGCCCUUCGUCUGCAGUUACUGGAGACUCUAAUUUUAGUUAACUUUAAAUUUUAGUUAACUUUCGUUUUUUCUUUUUUUUCGUUAGAUAAAUUUAUUGAACUGCUUGGCAUUUUAGCAGCGUAUAGUAUCACAGUUAAAGAAUUAAAAACGCUCUUUGCUUCUUUGCAAGGAAAAAAUGGAAGAUGGGUAUGUCGUUUGAAUCGUAAAUAUUUAUUAUUCAUAUUAUAAGAAAGAUCGUGGCUAUCGUAUUUACUCGUGUAAGCGCCUCUCCCGAUUGUUCCUGGUUAUAAUAGGUCUGAUAAAUGUAUAAAAUUUACAUUCGAAAUUCCAUCUACAAAAUCCUUCUCCAAUAGACAAUUCCCAUUAUGGACUAAUUUUAAAACUAGGCAAGGAGAUGCAAAUAAAUCACCACAACUAGAAAGAGCAUACUAAAAUGAGUAAAAUUGCAAAGUUUGGUUGCGAAAUGUUGUAAAAUGCGGAAAAUAUAGCCUUACAAAAUUUGCAAAUUUUGUAUACUUUUGUAUUGCGUGCGGAAAUUGCUACCAUUUUCGGCGCAAAUGUGGUAGCAAUUUCCACACGCAAUACAAAAGUAUACAAAAUUUGCGAAUUUUGCAAGGCUAUAUUUCCUGCAUUUUACAACGUUUCGCAACCAAACUUUGCAAUUUUACUAAUUUUAGUAUGCUCUUUCCGGAAAAUAUACUUUUUUUCCAAGAUAAAAAAUUAGUCUAUAAUGGGAAUUGUCUAUUAGUUCUAUCAAGUGAGAUCCCCCAAAUCCUGAUACUAACCCAUAACUCUAGGUUAACCUAAAAUCAAAACCUAAAAUCUUUUUUGGCGUUCCUCUCAAAAUUACUUUGUUUUAGCUUUAUUUUGUAGUUUACACAGUUAGCAACCUUUUGUAUCUGGCGGUUGAGAAACACAAAAUAAUAGUUACUGUCGUUCCAAUUGAAGUGUUGCUCAAAUAUUGAUUUUUCAAAUUUUUCAAAAGUUUGAUCAAACUAUAGGAUUUUUGAUUGACCGAGACACUUCUGGGGCGGGUCUGGGGGCAUGCUCCCCCAGAAAAUUUUUGAUUUUCUAAGGCUUAGAAACGCUAUUUCCUGCAUUCUGGGAGCAGUUCAAACAAAAUAUCAAUUUCAUAAACAGUGACACAAUGACUAUAAUUUUAUACUGUUGUUUUCCUCCAAUCCUGAGGCUAAGAAUUACAAAUAUUUUUGGUCGAACAUCAUUGAUCAGGUGCAUAAUAAAAAGGGUUUGUGCUCAAUUGUUGUAAAAUUUGGGCGCUGGCCCGCACUUUUGUUAUUGGGGUACUUGUGCACACAUACAGCCUCCCAUUUCUUACGUCACUGUAAGGCAAGAAUAAUGCUUCUUUACAUUGAGAGAACUAUACAGUCUGUCACUGAACUUGAGCUCAUAUACUCGAUUGACUCAUAUACCUAGUUAUGGGCCUGACUGUAAGCAACAAUUGGAAACAUCGCGUAGUCAGUGGAAACAAUUUUUCCCUCCGUGAUUUCAGAUAAACCAGUGCCGGUCGUUCACUGAUCGAAUUUCUUGAUUGCAGUAGGCACAUCAACUCUUUGGUAACAAAAUACAUAUGCAUAAUUAUCGUGUUACAUGUGAACAUACUUCCUAAUAUAACUCGGCUAGAAAUUCGUUUUUGCACUUUACAUCUUAAAAAUAUAGUUUAGGGACUGGAAAUUUUUUCGAGAUUCAUCGCAUUUUGGAGUCUGAUUUUGGGGGUUUGAAAUGUUCGCUAAUAUAGAAUAUCACCUGUGAAUGACCUUGCAGAACCUAAAUUCCAAAUAAAAGUGCCAACACGUAAUUGUGACAUAUAGAUAUCUCAUGCAUGUAAGCAUGUUUGGAAUGUAAAUGAAAAUUUCAUCCCUUUGCGCGUGUUUUGAAUGAUAAUUCGUUCAUAAACUCGCGAAAUAAGUACGUAAUAUUUCUUCAUAUUACUUCUGAGCUGUUUGAUCCGUUUGAGCACAUUUCCAACUCAAUACUCAAUAGUCUGAGUCUAUCUCGAGUUUUGAAAAAAAUUAAUUUGCUUCGCAAAGCACUGCAUGUAAACAAACGCAUCAUUUUGAGACCGACUGCACGUAGUUUGAGACUGACUGGGUCAUUUCUCUGGGGGGGGUGAACCACCCCCACUCCCCAUGUGAAUGAAAAAAUGAAAAUCCGCUCUUGACUGUACUAGUCACACUCGCGUAGUAAACUUGCAGUAGACUCAUAUUGGUUUCAAUUUUUUCUCUUUAGCCAAAACAUGCGGCCAGACUACUACAUGUACUCAGAGUUGUGCCAGGUCGUCGUGGACCUGAUGUGUACUUUGAUUUCACUGGAAACCAAGGAGCAGUAAGUAUACAGUAUAUGCUGAAGAUAUCGUUAAGACGAUAAUGUUAAAUUUUUGGCUGAAUUCAUGUUAGGAUUUCCGUUAAAGACUGGGAACUCGUCUGGAAGAUUUCCGUUAUUAAUUUGAAACGCAAACUCAAAUUCGGACGGAUAAACGUGAAAAACCGUACCUCCAGACAAACUACUGUAGAUCUUCUGCCAGUGCUUCAUGCACUAAAUUCAUUGUUCUACAUAGACAAUCACCCAUCAAAGGUCCUUCGUUAGUCGAACUACGCGCAUCUGAACCUUCUCAAUGAUGAACCAGACGAAUGUGGGCUUUCUACAUUUGAAAGGAGGAUUCGGUGUUUCUAGAAAUAACGCAGCUAGUAAUUUGAUAAAGAUUGCUUAACUGAGAAAAUGAAUCCUAUAGGCUAGGAUUCAUUUUCACAGUUAAGCGGUCUUGUAUGAAGAAAUUAUAAGGCCCUUUUGAGCUGGAGGCCCGGAACAAAGUGCCACUCCCUGCCCCCCAUCCCUUCUCGGCGGCCCUGAUUAUACUACAUCAUUAAAAACUUGUUAUAACGCAGACGAUCCUCGUUCGUACAAAACCAUAUCUCCAAAGUGUAACUGUUCCAAUCCCGUGCUCCAUGUACAUGAGUAAUGACGUUGUUUUUCACUUGUUGUAUGUUGUACGUUGUACAUAGUCUACGCCUGAGCGAAAUAAUGACGUCACGUUCUACAUCUGUUCACACGUCAGACCGGAAGCCGUUAGAGUUUCCAUACGAUUUCGCAAAACGCGCUCAAAUAAUAAAAAUAUUUUUAAAAAAAUAAUAAAACUGCUCAAAUUGUUACGGCAUGAAAAGUGACGUUUCAAACAAUUUCGCUCAGACGUAGUGCGAAUGCUACUCCUAUUUAUUUUAAAUUGUUUAAGAAUACGAAUGUUCUCAUCAAGACGGUACAGUACAACAUACGCAGUCCUUGAAACUCCUGAAAUUUCAGGUCGGCAAGAAAUUGCCGACCUAAAAGCGAUAAUUCUCAAUCUAGGUCGGCAAAUAUUUUCAAAACAAAUAGAAAAUAUCCAAAUGAGUAUUUAACUUGCUUGCUACAAAUACGUGUAUUUAUAAACAGCAAUUAAUUGCAAUCAAUGCCAAUAUAGCAAACAAAACAACAAACAAAAUGUAUGAACUCCAAUCAAACAGUGCAUGCAUGUUGUGACCAAAUGUUGUGACAUACAAGAACACUACUUUAUUACCAUGCUAUACUUUCUCAAGAUUAAAUCUUGAAGCUCGACGAUUUUAACACGUAUGUUUACUUUUCAAAGUCUUCAAAUGAUCAAAACCUGAUAAUUAAAACAUCAUCGCUGAAAAGGUGUGUGAAAGAUGCGUUCGCAGAAAAAUAUGCCGUGACGUAUUUGAAAAUAGGUCGGCAAAAUUUUGCUGACCUAAAUGUACACAUAUCGCUUGCAGGUCGGCAUUUAGGUCGGCAUUGCCGAAUGCCGACCUGAGUUUCAAGGACUGACAUACGCGUGUAUAAGCAGUACUUAUAAUCUUAUACAGUAUCGUAUAAAUUUAUUAGCAUGUUAAUGAUUGCCCCAAUGCUACAAUUAUUAAAUUGGCGGGACAAGAAGCGAUAUCAGUGAUAUAUCGUUUUUAUGCCAUUUUGUUAUCGCUCUUAAAAAAGCACAAGUAUGUCAUGAAUAUAUGGUAUUUAUAUGAAUCUGAGACGGGAGUGUUUCACCAUCGCGACUCGUUUAUUCCAGGCUAUAACCGUCCCACCAAUUGCGAAGUGGCCUCAUCAGCCCGGGUUUACAUUUUCUACAUGGGUGUGCCUUGAUGCUUCUGUAAUCACUAAUUCUGAGAAAUGCAGACCUUUCUUGUAUUGGUAAGUUCAAUCAUGGAUAAUAAAAUAAAUGGAUAGGACUCUAGAUGACGUAAGCAAAAACAACCUGGUUGCAAUCUGUGACGUCACGCGUAUCGGCAUUUUUGUUGUUUCGCUAUACUUUCCGCUUUAAAAGAGUAAUAUUGAAGCAUAAACUGGUCUAAUUGUUUUAAAAACAUGCCUAAGCCACGACAAAGUAUUCAAGGUAAAUAUUUUUCGUCUUUGUUUUGUAUUUUUUUUACAUUUAUAGCUACGAAAUUGGCGUCCCCAAUUUUAACGAAAUUUGGGAUGCAUUUUUCACUGUUUAGUGCUUGAAAUAUUUGCUAAAAUUGACUGGGAAUACUUAGAGAUUUCAUCGCAGAAUGGCGUAGUUAUAUUCAUUUGCUUUUUGACUAAAAUGUUUAGCUGUAUUAUUGCUAAACAUGCCGUUUUUGAGAAUUUAGUUUGCAACUAGGUUUCAACAUCCAAUCACGCCAUCAGCCCAUUGAAAACAUCAGGUCACGUCAGCUAGUUUCCUAUCCAUUUAUUUUAUUAUACAUGGUUCAAUUAAGAUAAUAUGUAUUGUAAUAUGAACAAUGAUUACUGUAGUUAUUCUCUAUAGUACAGUAAUGGCUAGGAUAUUAAUGUAUCUCGUGUCUUGUGAGCAGAGAAAGUAUAAUGACCGCUCAGAAAUUGGGUUUUGCGAACGAGAAAACAAAAAUGACUUACUGUAAUUAUUCGCUUUUCCUGUCUGAACAAGAGUAGAUGCUCUAUAACGGACCGGUCAUUAUUUGUUGCUGGGGGGGUGGGGGGUGACACCGAAGAGAAAGGUUUUUUGGUAAAAAAAUUGCUAAUCCAUUAUCCAACCAUUAAAAGGUACAAAAAAAUGUUUUACCCAACCUCAAAUAUCAAUUAAACAUAACUACCCACCCCUGGUGUAAAACCUGUUAUAAUAGAGUUGUAAAAUCAAAAACGUCGUUAGCAGUUUGACGUUUUCCGUAAGCGUCAAGCUAAAUGUCUCCAAUAAUUUUCUACUAUCCAACCCUUCAGUUGUUUUGUUUUUCAUUUACGAGAGUUUUACUCACUCAACAUUUUGUUUACCCAACCCUUUUCUCUUCGGUGCCACCCCCGCCAUAAAUAAUGACCGCUCCCUUAGCCGUCAAAAUUACAAAUCAAUUUUUUGGCAAAUUUAGACAGUCGUUUCCUCUGCUGUGCAUUAUUUUUGUCGCCCAAAAUCGUGUGAUCUCUUAGGGUGAGGUAAUAUUCCCGCGUGACUGUAAGACUUGAAUAGUGAUUUCUUCUUAAACUAUUUUUAUGUAGCUUCCGCACUGGAAAAGGAGUUGGUUAUUCUGCGCACUUCUCUGGCCCGAUGCUUGUGAUCGAGUCUGCUGUGCGUUCAACAAAACGCGAGAUACGCUAUGUCAGGCACCUUGUUGGUCACCAAUUUCAUCCUCAAAAGGUGCGUACUAAAACCUAGUCCUAGGCGCUGUUAAAGGCGCUGUUACACUAUGCAACUUGUCUCGCAAUUUUGUUGCGGCAUUUUCAGAGCAUUGCACAGUGUAACAUCCCUCUUGCACCUAGUCUCGCAAUGUUUAUAUACUGAAUGGCUUCCUAUUAGCUUUUGACUGUCAAUCUGGCGCCAAACGUUACAAGCACUCCUGGUUUUUAUACUAUUUUUAAUAAUGAUCAUUGCAAGUUGCAUGGAACAUAUGGCUUGGUGUAACAUCCCUUGCAAUGCAAUGCUGAAAUCGUUUUUCUUAACAUUGCGAGACAAGUUCCGAGACAAAUUGCGUGGUGUAUAACAGCGCCCUACUGUAAGUAUCAAGAAAUUAAUUAAAGACAAAACUGGGUGCGAUAAUUUAAGAUUUGUAGUCGUACCUGACUGGUACUCCAAUGAUUAUUGCCCAUAGUAUCUGAGCUGAUACAAACGUAAGAGGUGUACUUUGUCGUUAAAAUCAACUGAAUUCAGCAUAAGCCAAGGCAGGACAAAAUACCCUAUAGGCUCCUAUACUUUCUCACCACAGACGCUUACUUGAAAUAAUUUUGAAAGCGCUGUAAAUAUGAAAAUGUAUAAUGUUUAUUAAUACAGAAAAUAUUUGAUGUUUUCUUUACAGUGGUUUAUGUUGACCAUAGUUCAUACGUACAGUCGUUUUCGUUCGAGUGAGGUGAAAUGUUAUGUUAAUGGUGAACUUGUUUCUGGUGGUGAUCUUACCAUGGCUCAAACAAACGAGGUAUAAUCUCUCAUUUAUUUUUAUCAAUCAUGCCCUACGGCUAUUAACUUCACAAACUGUUGAAUAUUUUUGAGUUACGCUAUUGACAGGUAAACAAACAAACAAAUAAACAAGAAAACGGACAAAUCAACCAACCAACAAACAAACAAACAAACAAACAAACAAACAAACAAACAAACAAACAAACAAACAAACAAACAAACAAACAAACAAACAAACAAACAAACAAAUGAAAGGAGAGAUAAACAGACAAAUCCACCAACAAACAAACAAUUGAAACAAACAAACAAACAAACAAACAGACAAGUCAAUACACAAACCAAAGGAAAAACAAAUAAACAGACAAAUAGACAUACAAACAGACAAACUAACAAACAAACAAACGAUAAACAGACAAAUAAACAAAGAAAAGAGACAGACAGACUAACAAUCAAAUCAACAAGCAGACAGAAAAAGCAACAAAAAACAAGCAAAUAAACAAACAUAACAUCCUGACAACAUGGCUUUCUUUAGUUCGCGCAUUCAUUUGGAAGCCGUACAAAACAUUUCCUAGAAGAGUUGCAAAAUAUACAGAGUAGAACGUUUCACUCACUUUUCCCUGUGUGAUCGUUUCAGCCAUUGGACAAGUGUUAUAUCGGCAGUUCACCGAGUGCAGAUGUAAAGAGUGUGUUUCGUGGUCAGUUGGGAGCAGUGUAUUUAUUCACGGAUGCGCUGUCAUGGCCCGUCAUUCAAGCCAUCUAUCAUCUUGGACCUGGUUACAAGGUACUGUUCGAGGAUAAACAAUCUAAAUAUGGCAACCGUUUCUCCGUCACGGUAGAUUUCUGCCAUGAUAGUUUUUCUCCGAUAUUUUACGUCCAGGUUUGUUUCGGUGAAAUAUUAGGUUAUUGUUUGUGCCUGUUUUUUUAUUCAUGCGAGUUAAAAUAAAUAGGCUGGCGGCAUAAUCUUUAAUAUUUCUCUGAUCAUUUCCCCAUCUUUAGAACAAAUUCAAGUUUGAAUACGAAAUUGACACACCGUUAAGUGAACAAGACAGAAAGGUAUUUGGCUGUUAAUAUUAUUUAGGUAUCAUUAUUUAGGUACAGGUAUAUAUAAUAAAAGUAUUGUGGCAUCAGUCUAUUUGUAAUCUGCCAAGUUAAGUUAGUUAACUUCUAUACAUCUAUUCAUUCUCUGUUGAAAACUGACAGAAAUUUAUUACAGUGCAUGCUAUCCAGAAAAAUUGAUUACCUGUUACCAGUUGUGGUAUUGAAAAAUAAUUCAAAUUGCUAUAUAGCUGGAGUGAACACCAAACGUGAUUGGCUGAUCUGUGGUCACGUGGCGUUAGAUAAAUACAAUGUAUCCCGCCGGGAGUGAAAAAUUGAACAAGUGAAAAAUUGCUGCCCGUCCCGACGGGCUAUACGUACAUAAAUAUACAAAAUGGCGGCAUAACUUGCAAGUUUAUAAACUACGAUUUUCCACGUUUGUGUUAAAAUAAAUAAAUGUAAAAGAGAAGAAAAAUACACAAAAGGCAACAUGAUAUGCUGCUAAACCAUUUAAGUACUGUAGGUUCUUUUUAUUUUAAACUCGUUUACAGUAUAGAGUUUUUGUGAUGAAAUACAAUUGUAUGUUGUUCUUUCGUUACAUGUAAUAAAACACCUAAUGUCUGUUCCCUCGAGACAUAGUUUUGUUUUCUCUCGAAUCUCAAUGUUUGCCUCGACUUCCCCUCGGGAAACAUUGAGAUUCUCGGGAAAAUAUUACACACUUAAUGUCUGCUCCCGAGGGAAAUAGUUUUGUUUUCCAGAGAAUCUCAAUGUUUCCCGAGACGAUCGAAGUCGAGGCAAACAUUGAGAUUCGAGGGGGGAAAAAGUAACUAUUUCCCGAGGAAAUAGAUAUUAAGUGUUUUGUUGUAUAGCGACGAAAGAAAAAUCAACAUUCAACAACAUUCAUAGAGUAAACGAGUUUCAAAUUAAAAGAACCUACUUAAACGGUUUCAGCAGCAUAUCCUGUUGCCUGUUGUGUAUUUUUCUUCCCUUUUACAUUCUUUAUUUGAACACAAACUUGGAAAAUCGUAGUUUCUAAUUAUGCGAGUUGUGCCGCCAUUUUGUUUAUUUAUGUACGUAGCCGGUCGGGGCGGGCAACGAUUUUUCACUUGUUGCCCGGCGGGAUACAUUGCAUAUAUCUAAAGCUACGUGACCACAAAUCAGCCAAUCACGUUUGGUAUUCACCCUAGCCACUGUAUAUAUAACAAAACUAAUUAUUUUUCUUGGGAGCAGACAUUAAGUGUACAAUAUCUUCGCAUAAGACAUAAUCCAUACGUACAGUAUAUAACUCUAUUGAGAGCAGAGUUUUUAAUUUACUGAUGCAUGUUUAUUCAGUCAAAUAGCUAACUAUUGGAAUGGUAUUGGAUGGGGCGUUUUGUGUAAAAUAGGAUCUAACUGUGUAUUCUCGUUUGAUGUCAGAUUGUCUAUGAUGGUAAAUUAUCCUCUUCGAUAAUGUUCACUUAUAAUCCAAAAGCGUGUGAUGGACAGCUGUGUCUGGAAUCAUCUCCUGUCGCAAACGCAUCGUAUUUUUGUGAAUCUCCACAUGCACUGAUGUUAGAAGUAAGUUUCUUGACUGUUCAGUUUUUUCAUGCUUUAGGAAAAAUAUGUUACAAAUCCAACGUGUCUCAACAAGGAGGAAUUUCGUUCUCGACCAAUCAAUGCAUUUGUUGACAUUUUCGCUCUAAGCCAAACAGAAUGCGUAAUUGGUUACUACUUCCGGUAAAAACACACAUUUGAACAGAAAAUAUAGGGUCUUAAAUAAAGCUUCGAGGGGGUCAGGAUUUUUCAUUUUUUUUAUUGAAUUUAACGUGACAUGGUAAAAUAAGAAAUUUUCUAAACAUUUGCCGCAGGGAUUUGCGUUUUAUUGCCUAGUUUUAAAGUUAUCGGCAUUCGGACAGCGGCGUAUAAAAAGCGCGUAAGUUCGGAUGCCGAUAAUUUUAGAACUAGGCAAUAAAACGAAAAUCCUAGCGGCAAAUUUUUAGAAUUUUUUUUUAUUUUACCUUAUCACAUUGAAUCCAAUAAAAAAUUUAAAAUCCUGACCCCCUCGAAGCUUUAUUUAAGACCCUAUAUUUUCUGUUCAAAUGUUUGUUUUUGCAGGAAGUGGGCUUUCUGUGCUCGCUAAGGAAACUACCUACAAUGACCAAUUACGCAUUCUGAUUGGCUUAUAGAGCGAAAUUGUCAACAAAUGCGCUGAUUGGUCGAGAACGAAAUUCCCCCUUGUUACGUGUCUCACGAUACCCGUGAGCAUUAUAGUAUAAGGUUGAUUUGUAAUUUUCCAAUUGCAAUUAUGCACGUAUUACGCAUAUGACGUGAUUUGUAUAUCGAAAAACUUAAUAACUCAAAAUCGAGGCAAAGAAGCAAUAUAUAUAUAUGUAUAUAUUAUACAGUAAAUAUUAAAAUAUUUAGCUCUAAAUUUUGCAUAUCAAAUGAGCUUUCGCGCGUUCUGAUUGGCUAGUUGACUUGUAAUCCUGACGCAUUAUUUACCACCUGGGUAAAUAAUGCUUUUCAAAAAGAAUGAUUCGGCAAAUUUGGUUUCAAAAUCGACAAAAUAUUGAAAAAAUCGUCCCCAGAAAACGAAAGAAGCGCAAAAUGUUGUAUUUAACUUGAAAGGUAGGAUUCCUUUAUUAUUUUACUGUGUCAAACAUAUUCACGGAAAAUUUAAAACUUAUUUAAAACUCCGAAACAUUCACUUCAAACAAAUAGCAAAAACUAUCCCGACUGUUGGGAAAAACCUUGCAUGCCGUGAUAUUCUUUUAAUUAAAUCCAUUUUGUUUCGUAUCCUAUAGAUUUCUCAAUUUGUACGAUACUAUUUCUUUUGAUAUGUCAUGUUUUCUUUAUGCUGUAUGGUGUUCUGACCGCUGUAUUGUGUUUUCGAAACUUGUAAAGUGAAAAGUGUUAUUAGUAGAGAAAAACAAAAUGGCGUCUUCAGAACUCUUUUUAACUCAGACCAUCAUCUCUAUUGUUAUAUUAAACAAAUGUGUGAUUGAUAAAUUUUGAUAUUUAGGGCGUGCAAGCAGUUGUUACUCACUCACUUCAAACCAGUCUACAUUCCCUUGGUGGAGUUCAGGUAUUACUGGAAUACUAAAUGUUCACUCUACAAAUACAGUUGAAAGGUCAGAUAAAUGGCCUAUAUGGCCCAAUGUUUAAGGAUCAUAGUAAAAGGAAAUACUAUAGGAAACAUUAUCCACUUAUUUAAUGUCUAAAUAAACAUCUCCAGAUCUUUUCCUGAUCUUUAGACCUUGCUGUGAAAUUGCUGCAGUAGUUGUUCGGAAAAGCCUUUUACCGAACUGAAUCUUUCCUUAUAGUAUUUAUAACAUGGUACUACUGAUCAAUCAAUCAAUAGGCGAGUUCCGAAAUAUGGUCGAAUGCCCACAGACAAUUGCCUGAGAACGAGGCUUACAAUUUUAUAUCUGCACUGUUCACCUCCACUUCAAUGAAUGAUUGUGAAAUAUUUUAAUCUCUUGUUGUAGAUGUUGUUUCCACUGUUUGCACAACUCCACUACAUUCACACAGAAAACCCAGAAGAUCGUCAAGCAGACCGAGAUAUUUGGUAACUAUCACAUUGAUUUGGAGCUGACGGGAACUAAUUAGACGAAUUUACCAUAUUUUAUUGCAUUCGAACAUUUGUCAUGCAUAUGUUUUGUGUUGUAAAUCUUAACCUUUUGACAACUCAGCAUUGACAAUACACGCGUCUGCAUGAUUUGACUGCCAGCCUGAAUAUAUUACCAUGUGUUAUCAUUACGGUUAUAGGCGGCGGUGGAUUGGUUUUGGUUUGGGGUUGGGGUGAGGGAGGAGGGUUAUCGAGCCCCGGGGCAUGCUCAAGAAUUAGAAAUCUAGUGUUUCUGAAAUAGCACUUCCCAGCGUUUUGGGGAUAGACCUGCAUGACGUGCAGUAACUAUGUCUAUAUCAUUUUGUUCAUUUUGAAUUUCAGACAUCUACGAAUCUGACAUCUUCAUGUUAAGUUCCCCCACUCUGAGGCUGGUUGUUCAAAGCUGGAUUAGCGCUAACCCUCGGUUAAAGUUUAACCUGCUGAAUUAGUUUAUGUAUUUAUGCACGUCUCCUAUACUGACCCAGACGAGAUCUCUAAAGAAAUAUUAACCUAGUGUUAAGCUAACCCAGCUUUGAACAACUGGCCCCUGAUCUUUUCUGGAGGGGAGGGAUCACUCGUCGCGCGCGGACAAAACGCGCCCGUAAUGGAAAACGGCCUUUGAGCGCUCCAUUUUCUCGUUAUAAACGACGAAACUGAAUUAUGAUUAUGAAAUUUCAUUUUUAGUACUCUGCUUCUUUCCCUGCUUUGUGAUUUUCUGAAAAAUUCUGAAACGAGUCAACAACAAAUGAUUCAAGGACGAGGAUUCUAUGUUGUUAGUUAUUUAUUAGAAAAGGUAAGGUUUUACAGCGACGGCUACCUACACUGAACACGAUUGUGCCUGGGUUUCAUCGGAAGUUGAAGAAGUGUGUAGCAUCGAAAAUUCGCCCUGAAUAAAAUGGAUUGUAGGUUUAUAUACGGUAAAUAUAUUUUUUGAUAGUUCGUAGUAGUUGAUCGAGACAUUGUGUGGAAACUCGGCAAACUUCAAAACACUAUAAUCAGGGUUCGUACGGGUCAUGGAAAACCUGAAAGUCGUGGAAUUUCAGUAUUUCAAAAAUGUUACAUGCACAAGAUUUGUACUAAUUGUUUCACAUUCAGUAGUCAUAACAAAAACAUGAAUUACAGUGAAUGUCAUUGCGAGAAAAUGUGAAUGGCAGUUUCUAUAUAAACCGAGUGUAAAGAUUUGAACUGUGUAUCCAUGGGGUAUUUGGCCUUUAUUUACAAAAUAUUUAUCAAUAUUCCAAACGAUAUGUGAUUCGAAAAAACGUAACAAAUAUAAAAUUAAAAAGUAAAACAUCGUAUUCACGAAGGUAUAUGGCAAGUUUAUAUUCUCAACUUGAAAGUAUUAUAUUACUCAACUUGAAAGUAUUCUAUUUCGCCAAAUCCCCCUCGCUCCAGGUUUAUAAAUGAUAAAAGUCACACCCAUAUGGCCGCCUGGAGUCUCCUUGUGUAAACAUUCUGAAACUCAUUAGAAAAAAUAUGGAAAAAAGAUAUAUCUUUCAAGUCGCAUAGCAAACGAAAUUUGCUUCAUAGUAAAACUAAUCUUAACACGUAACGAUUUUUCUGCUCUGGAGCUAUACUAUUGUUGCGAUGUGAUAUCAGAUAGAAUUUACAAUGGCCCUUGAACGACGUAAAUAUCUUUUUGACUUUGUUUUGUAGUGUUCUGAUGCUGCCAUAUUGACAGAAGAAGCUUCGGAUUACCUUCUUGCCUUGGCAAGGUAUUGGAUAUUUAACAACACUACAUAAUUAUAUACUACAUUCUGCCAGCCGUUCCGCACGUUGAAAUAAUAAUCUAUUGGCGUUGUAAAGCCAUUGUAUGCAAUAAAGUAUUGGGUUGUAAUGGGUCUACUAUUACAAUAACCCUAAUCCAAACGCUAACCCUAAUCCCAACCCCAACCUCUAACCCUAAUAUUGAUGACCUUUUUUAAAUAAUCUCCCCACCCCCACGAGUAAGUUACGACAACGAGCCAUGUAAAUUUAUAGACUGAGGUUAUUACACGGCGGCACGUUUAUCUUCGAGUGGUGAAAACAAUAUUUUACGGAUGAGGGCAGUUCUUUUUAUUGUGUAGUCAUAAACAAAGUCAUGUUCAAAAUACAAGAAUGUUUACUCUCGUUCUCGGUGACGAGAAAUUCAAGGAAUACCUGCAUAUCAUAAAACGUUUUUCUUUUGGGAUUUGCAUUUUCUUGCUCCUCGCUAAACGACUUAAUGUCUUCGUUCGUCAUUUCACAAACCUCGCCAUUUUUUAUACGAAAUUACAACUUGUAAACACGAUGCAAUUGGCGGGAAAUGAUCACGUGAUCGAUGAUAUCUUCACUAAUGAAGAUAUGGAACAUAUCUUACGUGGCAUUUUUCAGUAUCUCCGUAUCUACUAUAUAAAUAUCUUACGUGGCAUUUAUCAGUAUCUCGGUAUCUACUAUAUAAUAAUACCCAGUUUAUUCGAUCUACUUGUUAAUCAUUAUUUAACCAUUAUUUCUGAACUGCUAUUAGGUUUCUGUUGUCUCAGCCAGAAAAAGUCCGUUACUUGGUACCUUGCUUGAUCAUGUUUUGUUCAACGCCAGACUGUGGAUAAACACGCCAUUUAAGGUAAGUAGUACAUAUUACAGUGGAGAGUUUGAGCAAGAGAACGAAGUAGACCGACGAAAAGAUACUUGACAAUGAAUCUGUAUCCCAUCUUCGUUCUCUUGCCUUCAUUGAGAACGAAUAGUUUGGAAAAAUUCGUCGUAAACUUCGUUCCGAACGAAAGCAGAAGAACAAAGACGAGACAAAGAUUCAUGUCUGACUGCUUAUAUGAAUGCCGAAUGAUUGUGAAUGCCCUGACCCAGACAAAACAGCGAGACACGAAUCCAUAUCCCGUCUUCGUUCUUCUGCCUUCGUUCUGAACGAAUAUUUUGGCAAUGAAAGCAGUGUUCAGUGUUUAUGACUUUAGAAAGUUGAUUAUAUAGUUAUUUUCUUUUAUUAUUAUUAUGAUCAACCAAUCACAAAGCCCGUUUAGGCUGGUAGCGACUCUAAGUCUUGGUUGAUUUUACAGCAUACAUCGCCUAAGUUUAUCAUUUUACGAUACAUUUUUCCUAGGUCCAGCUGCAUUUGUUCAGUGUGUUUGCCACAGAUCUUAUCUCCAACCCAGGUUGUUCAGACUUGAUGCGGCGCGAAGUUGGAGUAAAUAAAUUCGUUGACAUGCUGCGAACACACUACUGGGUGGUGAGACCCAAAAAUAUCCCGCGAUCUGGUAAGUCAACGGAGUCAUCGUUGAGUGGAAGAGUACUAUAUUUUAACAGUUAAGAAAGAGUAGUUCGGUAGAGUCUUAUCCCGCCUUUUUUGAGCAAUCUUCAUGACAGUUUUUGCUCAUCCUUCUUUUUUUAAACCACAUUCCCACUCUUACAACAAUUGUUUCAGAGAGCAAAAUUUGCAGUUAAAGCUUUCCAAAUGGCACGCAAUUAUUAAAGCUUACCGCUUGCAUUAUCGAAAGAAACUUCCAUCAUCACGAAAUUGAUGUCGGCGGAUUUGGUCGGCCGAUUUCAAUCCAAGUAACGUCAUCAAUUUUCCUUCUCGCUGUAUCUACAAAGCUUUGGCGAAAACGAACCAAAAAUUGAAAUUUUCAUGCUCAAAUUUCAUUUCAAAGUGGCAUCAGUAAAUCCAGCCUUCGAUAAUACUAUUUUCAAAAUUAUCGAAGGCUGGAUUUACUGAUGCCACUAUAACAUGGUUCAAAUCAUACCUAUAUCAGAGAAUACUGGUAACAAGAGUGGAUAAUGCUACCUCUUCUGCAAAGUAUGUCUCAGUUGGAGUUCCACAAGGGAGUGGCCUUGGACCACUCCUAUUUAUCCUUUACGUGAACGACUUGCCGUCUUGUAUUAAGAAGUGUAAAGUGACUAUGUAUGCAGAUGACACGGUUCUUUAUUUCUCUUCCUCUACGUUGUCGGAACUUGAGGAAAAUUUGAAUGCUGACCUUGAAAUCCUUCGCAGAUAUUUAAAUGACAAUCUUUUAACUUUGAACGCUGAGAAAAGCAAAUUUGUAAUCUUCGGCAGCACGCGUAAACUCAAUUCAUUCCGUGAGUUUUCAUUAGAGAUCAACGCACAUAAGUUGGAACGUAGAGACACCUUCAAAUACCUUGGCAUUAAACUUAAUCAAAAUAUGUCUUGGUCGGACCAGAUUGAUGCCCUUAGCAAAAAAGUCAGCCAACGACUUGGAGUUCUGCGUCGUGUUAAGUAUUUGCUGCCUCUACAUGGUCGUUUGGCGAUAUAUAACAGUCUCAUUUACCGUUAUUUGAUUAUGCAGAUAUUGUGUGGGGGGACAAGAACAAUAAAGUCCUAAUGCAUAAUCUCCAGGUUUUGCAAAAUAACGCAGCAAGAACUAUACUGGAUUAUCCCAAAUACUUUUCCGGUACCGAAGCCCUCGCACAGCUAAACUGGAUGCCUCUAUCAGAACGUCGACGCCAACACCGUUGUAUUGGUAUUUAUAAAUGUAUAAAUAAGUAUAUAAAAUAUCAAUUCAACCUAGUUCAAAACGUUGAAAUUCACUCCCCCAACACACGCCGCCGUCAGGAUUUACAUCUUCCACGCUCGCGUACUAACUGGGGAAAACAACGCUAUAUAUAUCAAGCAGUCGUUGAUUGGAAUAACCUUAAUUUAGACCAAAGACAAUCGAACAAUUUGACUUCUUUUAAGAACUCUAUAUAAGAACUCUAUAUUAAUUUAGACCAAAGAUAAUCGAACAAUUUGACUUCUUUUAAGAACUCUAUAUACGAUUUUAUGCUGAUAUAAUUUUAAACAUACUUUUUUAUAUAUGCUAUUAUAAUGUAGUUUUAUUUGUAUUUUAAUUGAUAUCGUAGGACCUGCCUGAAAAUCACCUUGUUGUGAGUGUAGCUUCCUACUGAAAUAUUGUCAUAAUAAUAAUAAUAAUAAUAAUAAUACCCAACAUUUCACUUUGUCUGGACAGCUAGGUGACCAGUUACAAAGCUUUGCAUAUUUAUUUUGUUGUAUACAUUUUUGACUGUGAAAUUUGUUCUACGGGGGAAAUUUUUCCAAUGCCAUCACUCUUGGGCGUUUUUAUCAGAAAUCUCUAAGAUUUGACCACAAGACUUUAGAAAAACACAUAAGUAAUAUGUUGGAAUGACUUCGGCCAAGAGAUGCCUUAAGUUUGUUAAUCAGACGAGGUGAAGUCUCUGGUUGCUUAUACUCGAAAAAACCGCGAAUGUCUUCCUUAUCACAAUGGUAAAGGAUGCGGUUGUGCAUGAUGCCAUGGUUAGGUCCUUUCUUCUUGACUUUAAAUAUGCAACAGACCAUACCAUGUUAGAACACAGUGCUAUAGGAUUUACAAAAUCGUACAUCGCCCCAUUUCUAAACGUUGCAUGGAUUGUUUUGGCUCUACGUAGACGAAGUACAGUCAUCCACAGCUUUUUUACACAUGCAGUUAUUCAGCUAUCAAUCAAAGGUUUCGGACGUUAUUGGGCGGGAGCGGCUUUUGUCCCUGGCAGUUAAUGACUUACAUAUUAAACGAUGCCACUUUUACGCACCCUCAUUUAUCUAUCGCUCACAUCUGAAGUGCUACUCCUUACACAUUAAUAUUAACUAAUUCCUCCUCACUCGCCCACACUCUCCCUGAAAAAAAACCCAGGCGUGAUAGGUACUAUCGCUGCUCACAUUUUUUUCUAAUAUUCUACAUUUGGUUAUUUUCGUUGCAAGAUAUCCAACGGCCAAGCAAAGAAGAGUUGUUCUCACUGCGAGCAUUCAUUAUGGUCCUUGUAAAACAAAUGAUUAUCCAGGUGGGUAGACACAAAUGUUUCUUACAGUCCAGAUAGUUCAGCCGAUAUGCACUAGUUUUGGUAAAAUCAUGCACUUUAUGAAGAAAGCACCAAAUUUGGCACAAUUACAGCAUUUGUUGCGACAAAAAUAUAUGGAGGCAUCUUAUCGUUGUUAUAAAACAGCGUGUGUUAUCGCAAUCGUGAGCAAAUCAAGCAAAUCUGAGCUUCCUCCAUCUUUAAAUCUUUUUUUCGCAUCAAACUGGGCAAAAUUUGGUUAUUUCUUCACACAAUGCAUGAUUUUCUGACCUAUCCGCUGGACUCAGAAAGAUAGAAGUGAACUACAACUACAGUAACGAUGUGAGUAAGGUCUGUGAGAACUUGCACGAUAUCUUGUUCCUGUUGCCAAAUUGGUUUAUUUGGCACUACAGUAUUUUCUAUUCAUCCUCGUAGCUUUGCUGCUGUGCGACAAAGUAUAUGUAAACGCUUCAGCAGGCAUCCAUAGCUUGUUAAGGAAAAAUCGCACUUCUGUAAUGUUUGACAAAAAAUGAGAGUGAGCAAUAGAAAUCCCCCGCUUUCAAGCAAGUAAGAUGCAUGUCCUCAUCUUUGCAGGAAUAACCUCGCUAAUUAUCCGUCGCACAACCGAGGACGGCAAAGCGACAACGAAGGCCAAAACAAAUUCAUUCAAAUACAUUAUUGCAAAGAAAGCAUAUCGUAUAUUAUCAAUCGUAUAUUAUCAAUCGUAUGAAUAUUGUCAAUUUCAUUGUAUUAGGCCAAACAAAAAGUGGGUUUCCGGUUUCUUCUUAUAAAAACUUAGGUAGGGUAGGUCGGUUUUAACUUUUUUUUUUAAACUUUUUUUAAAAUUUUCCGAAGAAGCGGACGCCAUUUUGUUUAGUCAGUGCUUCCACAUCCAAAGAUAAAUUUCCCUAAUAUUGCCUCAAAUUUCAAUUUUCCACACACUUUUUCCUCUAAGUGGAAACACUUACAAGCAUGAUCCAAUAAAAAAGUUUAGGGUCGGGAUUUCGACGUCCAAAAGCUAGGUAGGGUCGGGAAACCGGAAACCCAACAUAUUUUUUUGGCCUUACUAGCCGUCGUCGUCACGUUGCCGUCCCAGAUCUUAAGGUCUCUAUUAGGGAGUAGCAGCAACAACAGAAAACAAAGAUUUAUAAGCCGUGAAAAUGAUGGAAAUAACGUAACGGUUUGCGCAACUACGGCGUACUAGAAUGCUCAAGGGAAUACUAUUUAUAGUCGCCUUUGUCUUAAAUUAUGUUGAUGAGCGCGACUUAUUGACAUUGCCGUUAUAUCAGGCCAAAAUCACUAUUCUGUCCUUUUUGGCCAGUGCACUACUGCAGGUAAUAUGAUAUUUCUUCUGUCAUAGGGUGACCGAAUUGAGGACUGUGAACUGGAAAGCAUAUUCUGUUAUCUAUGUGCAGUUAAGGAGGUAAAUACAUUGGGGCUUAUUAGGUGUUAUUGGGUAUAAAUACAGAUCUUGCUGUUCUGGUGUUGGUUAUAGGAAAGUUUGCUAACGGUAUGCUAUAAAACUUCGAAUGUGGACCGCGCAAUUAAUAAAAAGAAACUUCAACGUAUUAAUACUAAAGUUUAAUCCAAGAUUGGAAAAUCAGUUUUAGUCGUGGAUGUGAGGUGACCGAGGAUAUGAGGUGACCGAGCAAGCUGUGUCAGGGGUCUGGGAUUUUGCAUCAAAUUCCCUAGAUGCCAAAAUGCAAAUCUUGAUAAAUGUUUGAGAAAGUGCCUGCAUUAAUGCGUGUCUAUUCAAUGAUCGUGACUGCAGCGUGUGGAUUAGCGCGUGAGCGUUAAUAAUUUUAAUCGUCCCCAACAAACAACUUAUAUAUUUAUAAGGAUUUAAACCUAAAAUUGUUUUCGUUUUAGGAAGAAAAUGUCGUGGACAUUCUGCAGUUCAUUCUUGAUCUAAUGUGCGAGAAGCCCAUGGCCAUCAUUAUGGCACUAGAUAGACUGGAGGGUAUCAGGUAAUAAUUGUCCUCAUCCAUUUUUUGCGAGCCUGUUUAUAUUUUCUCCUGAAACAGCUUAAUAUUUCGGCGCAUUUAUAGUAUAUGACGGAUGCUGUGAAACAGUUUUUAUCUUUAAUUAAUGUUUAUGAGUAUUUAAAAAUAUUUUAUUUGUGUUUUUAUAUAGAGUGUUAUUCCGUUUCCUAUCAGCAGAAGAUGAAGCACUGAGAAUAUACAGUCUCAAGUUGAUUGGUGCUUUUUUACGAUACUGUCCUAUGCAGUAAGUUUGUUCAUUUCAUUCAUACAGCACUAUUAAAUUAGGGAGUUUAAGCUUCACGUUUCCGGGAACGACAAUUAAACGGCAGGUUCAAACUUUCUUGGCAAAAUUUUCGUUGAACGUUUUCGUUUCAUAUUUUAUUUCUUGCGUCGAAAGAAUAAUUAUGUAUUUUAGUUUUAAAACAGCAAGUUCGUUUACUCUUUAUUGCCUGAUACCGUAAACCUUCCGAUCCUUGCCUGCCGUUUGCCGUAUAAGGGAAGCCUCGCAUAUCGAUUUUUUCCACGAGAAACGUCAUAUGUUCGUAUGCAGCUGUGACGUUUCUCUGUAAACAUCAUGGACAAAUUCGAUAGUUUUUUCGAAAGCCUUAACACUUUUGGUAUCAUCUUUGCAGAAUAUAAAAAAGAAACAACUUGAUACAAACACCAGUCUAUACAUUCGUAAUACCAUAUACCUGUUCUAUACGUAUACAUUUAUAUUAUUACGCCUUCCUUGCAUUGAAAACACUCAAAUUUCAAGAAAAACGCGCUAAAAUUAUCAAUAUUUCAUGCAAAAAAGUUGUUUUGAGAAACUUUGGAAAUUUUGAAGUUCAUUUAUAUUAAUAAAAAAAAAGAUAUAUGUCAGCAGAAGAUGACAUAUUCCUCGCGUACGCAUCGCGCGAAUAGCCGACAGUCGAAAAUAGUAGAAAAUUACCUUAUGUGUACUAUAUAAGAACAAAAUAUCGAUAACUAUGUGUGACGUUUCUAAGGGGGUGGGGGGGGGGGGAACGAACAUAUGACGUUUCUCAUGGACAAAAUCUAUAUGUGCAUGAGGCUUCCCUAACGCGAAGCUUAAACUCUCUAUUUUUGCGAGUAUAUAAAUCCUAUUUGUCUCGUGUGUACGGAUCUUUAAUAUCUUCAAUGCCGAUUUGCCUUCACAACGGAACUGCGCCUUGGUAAUGCAUUAGACAAAGAAAAAGAACGAGAGCUGAAUUGGACAGCACUGAAAAACCAGCCGACAAAUUUUCACUUUGAUCUAUCAUGACUUUUCAGGGGAUGUGAAAAAACUCAGGAGAGGUGGAAACCAAUCUCAGGGAUUUGCACAACUCCUUACACCUCCCCUCAAAACCCGUCCAGCCUAAAGUAGCUCCUUGAACAAUAUAGUGUGGCUUCGACUGAGCGCUGCGUUGUUGCGAAUAAGUGCAGCGCAGGAAGCGCUUAUUUGAGGGCAGCAUUUUCACGAGCAUUAAACUUAAUCGCUGAAAACGGUAACUGUUUUCCUGGAGAUGCUCAUUAACUCCUAAAAAUCCUCGCCCAUGCAUGCAAGGAAAUAAUACGGAUUACCCUUAACAAGUUUUAUGUAUCCUGUAUGUUUGUUUUCUUUGUUAGGAAGAAACUUACUGUCAUUCAGGAAUUCUCGUUAUUUGCUUUCAUUGGAGAAAAAUUAAAAGCGUUUGAACUCACACUUACAUCUUACAAUGCUCUCUAUGAGGUACAGUAUAAUGUAGCUAUUCUGUAUAUACAUGCAGCUUGUAUGGUUGAUACGAAACCACUCUCUCACCAGUAUGCACACACGUUUAUUCAAUUCAUAUUGGGUAUUAAAAGUCUCCAUUAAAAUUAAGGGGAAAGGACAAUAAAAUUUAAGUUUGCAGAAAUAACUUUUAAAAUAAGAAAUAAAUAAAAGGAGAUAUUUUGACCAGAAAUGCAGAUAGAGAUAUUUUGAAACAAAGAUCUCUAAUUCUCUAUCUGUAUUUCUGAUAAACAAAUAUUUUGACCAGAAACACAAUAUGCAACUCCAUCUUCUUUUUCUAUUUGGUUUAAUUAACUGAGGUUUUGGUGAAGUCAUAACUGAGUGCAUUUCAUGGAAAGUCUUUUUCAUAUGUACGUUGUGAGCCAAUAAUUGGAAAUGGAAAAAGCGUGAAGAAUUCGAGUUUCAGGCUCAUAAUUACAUGUGAUUGGUAGAAUAAUUACAGUAGAUUUCUUUUUAUCCCGGUCAUGCGUAUUGAACCGAGAUGCACGCUAUUUUUUAUCUAAAUAUUUCGAAAACUAAACACGAUAGGGAAAUACAGUAAUGAAAAAAGGUCUUGGUAUUUCAUUUUGAAAGUUUUUUUCAAAUAAGAUAAUCUUAAUUUUUAUUGCUAUUUUCCUUUAAAACACACACAUAUGGCUAAUACGGGUUAGGUUAUGAUGGUGAACUUCGGAAACGCCGACCAUUGCCGGACUGAAUAAAUAAUUUUGUCUGUUCUGUACAUGUACACUAAAGAUGCCUUAUUAGCAUUAUAUUCGGUUACGUCAACUGCAGAUAAACAUACUCUUAUACCUAUACUAAAGGUUUCAGAUUUUGGUUAAGCCAUGUAUAUGACCAGAGAUGGAUCCAACCAGAUCUGGUAUGGGAAUGCUCGUCGAGAGCUUUGGUCAUGGUUCAGGGUGCGACCGUUGACCAAGGCGUAAUCACUAGAGCCGGAUGCGACAGCAAGGCAUUGCCAUUAGUCUUUACUCUUGGCAAUUUCACCAUCAUGCUACUAUCCCAUUUUGUCUCUAUUUUAAUUUUGCUUUUGUAAUUGCCUAAAAGAAAAGAAAUGAAUUGAAAUGAUAUUGUCGUUGAAUAACGGUGUUAGCACAGAUCACAUAUUCAAAGCAGGAAAUAAUGGUGGAUUCUGGCAUCUAUUAUACCAGAAAAUUUUCAGAGACCUUGCUUAGCUUGCAGAAAAUUUUAGGGCAUUGCGUAAUGCUAACAGGCACAGAAAAGAAUUUAUAAGGAAGAAUAUUAAAUAAUAUGGCAGAAAAUUUUGACCCCAAAACUUAGGAUUCCAGAAACAAAAAUGUAAAUGUUAUUUCCUACUAUGGUGAUAUUUCCUUUUUUAUUGGGUUUUAUGCAACAAUUUAUUUAUUUGAAUAUUAAGGUUCUGACUGGACGAGUUUACAAGCAAAUCCGUUUUGACCGUCAUCCAGAACCAGAUUCAACGUAUUUACUGACCAAUCCAGGUGAGUGUAGAGGUCAUGUGACUUGUAUUCGACUCAUUAAGUUAAGAUAUGUAUACUUUUAUGGUUUCCAAAUUCCUCGACAACGUCUCACGUAAUGUGCUGUGUCGAAUAAAGCUAUUUGAAAUGUCCAUUUCUCUCAAAUAAAAGUAUCAACAGCAUUAAAUUCAACACUUAAAUUCGACGGAAACUUGACAUCUAAAAAAAAACAGACUUAUUUAUAAUUCUAAAUCUCGAAGUUUCCAUCUACGAAAUUUCCUCGAGUUAGAUGCCCAAAAAUAAUAAUGAUUAUUUCAUUGACUCACGGUUAUUUUCCUUAAGGUUUUAUUCCUGUCAUGAUCGAGUUGAUUCUUCAAGAAGAAAGCAAACAACGCGAGAGUCAGACAAAAGAAGAUUCCAAUCUUCGCAGCAAGAUUGAUAUCAAAAGAGUAUUUUUGUCCGACUUGAUGCUCUUAUUGAAUCACAAUCACAACAAUUGCAGGUAUAUUUAUAAUUGAUUAUGAUUAUUUACGUCAGCCACUCAAUCUAAACCGGUGUAACGCGAAAUUUCUGACUUGCGAAAUAUCUGACUAUUGUGGAACUGUCCAUGCGCAGACGAUUUGCAUGAAUGACUUUGGCUCAUAAACACUUAUCAAACUUAUACACUUCUUUUUACUUUCCUCGUUUCUCCCCCUUUUUCUUGUCGAUGUGGGUGACUGACGUGCCCGUAUUCAUAACGGUUUUUAUUUCCACACCAUGCACGGCCGUCUCAAGUGGAUGUGAAAGUGAUUUUUGUGUGACAAAUGAAUGUCAAUUUUUAAAUGCACAGUAAACUUCUUAAAUAAUGUAUUAUUUGCACUGAUGAUGACGAGGAUCCAGCCAGAGCUGGUAGGAGGGGUGCUCAUCGAGGUUUCGCCAUGGCCCAGGGUGCGACUAUUGACCAAGUGGGUAAUGACUAGAGGGAGGUAUGGCAGCGAGGCACUAAUCUUGAACGGUGUGUGCCAGUGGUGCCGAUAAUAACUACACUUCAGUUGAUAGGGAUGCAAGUUGCAACUACCUUGAAAAUACAAGGGAAACUUUGACGUUUCGACGUCCAUCCCUGGACGAGGGCUUACGAACUUUACAAAAGAAAUAAACGUCCAUCUAUAAACCAUGUCGAGAAAUCUUAUAUUUGGAACAGCCAAAAUGUUAGAAAACCCAUUCCGUUCAUGCACAUCAUUUGUUAAAAUGCAUGGAAAUCUUAGUGGAUGAACCUUGUAAUGUGCAGUGUAUACGAAUACUGUACAUGCUCGUUGCUGUUUUCAAGGUACUUUCUGCAGAUAUCAUGUUGGCAAGAUUUCUUGCUAUCUUUGGCUGAGUUUGAGCCUGAAACUAAAGGUAAGACAAACCUAGUUUUUGUUUAAUUAAACUUUGCUGUAACAGUCACUAUACUUUGCAUUUAUGAAUGCAAAAUGCCUAUCAUACCGGGUUAACAUGUCUUGUUUGGGUCUAAAUAAUGUUAGAGUUAAUUGUUUUGUUUGUGGAAACACCACGUAAAUUUAUUACUGCAAAGCUUUCGAUCCGUAAGCCCGGAUCUUCAUCAGUGCUAAUAAUAUACAUAUUAUUAGCACUGAUGAAGAUCCGGGCUUACGGAUCGAAAGCUUUGCAGUAAUAAAUUUACGUGGUGUUUCCACAAACAAAAACAAUUAUAUUUUAUUGCCAUGCAAACAUUCAAAGAACUUAUAAUGUUAGAGUUAUCUUCCAGUCCGGUUUGGACUAUCGGAAUGUUUAUAAAUGCUUGAAAUCGAGAGUGAGGUAAACCGAGUUACUGGGGGAGGCAUUAGAACGGUUCAGAUUUGACUUCCACUACUGCUAAAGGUAUCAGAUGCGUUUAAUCUACCCGAUCAACCAAAUGAUUAUUAGAACAUUAAAUAUUUUGUUUGCUUUCACCGACAGAACAGGAAAAGAUCACGGAUACAGUAUUUUCACUCAUUCGAUUACUCCUUCACCACGCACUUCAACAUGAGCCUGAAGGAUGGAGAAUCUUUGUAGACUCGUUAGCAAUCUUGCAUGGACAGGUACAGCGGCUGCAUGUUUAUCAUAUUUUUUAUUUGUUUUACACUCUCCUUCGCAGAGCCGUAUAAUUAAACACGAAAGCUAGCUAUACCCGGAACAUGAACAAUAAGGCAUUCGGGUAAUUCACCAAUUUUUCCGCAUGCCUCAUAAUUUGCAGGUAUAUAACACGCGUGUUUAACUAUAUAUAGCUAGCCUUGGUGUUUAACCAUUGUGUUUAACGUUUUGGUUAUAUUCAAAUUGUACUUGAAAGUAUGUUAUAAACUAUACAAAAUUUGAUUUGUUUUAUCUUAGAUCUUCAAACGAGGUUUGGCAAACAAAUGGGCCAACAUAAUAGAGGAUGCACCUGAAUCAGAACCGAACUUGGAAGGUGAUUCUUCCUUAACUAGAACACAGUCUACGAGUUCUGAUGUCAGCGAUUCUGGUAAGAGGAAGGUGGUGAAUAUAGCCACCGUUGAUCUCCAUCGGAAAAGCCGGAUAGAAGAAACUGAGAAAGACAAAGAUUACCGGAGACAGUUUUUCUACUCAAUCAUUCAGUCAUCGAAGGAAGACGGUGAUGAGCCCGAAAAGAUAUCUGAACAAAGUUUGACCAAUGGCGGCCAUGAACCUCCACCAGAGGAUGGUCAAGAAGCAAAUGUAGACGACGAUUCAAGUGAAAAUAUAAAGGUAGAGGAAGGACAAGAUGGGGAAAUGGAAUUGAAAGAGAGUUCUAAUUCGGAAGAAACGACUGAUGUGGAUCAGAAGGCCAUGGAGGAUGACGACCGUGAACAGAUUAACGCUGUCAGUCCGAAUUGUGGCGUAGAAAGCGAGGGAAACAUUGAAAACGAAAGUGAGAAGGAAGAGGAAAUGCAAGAUGAUGCGGCUAACAAAGACAAUUCUAGUGCUAACCAAUCCUUGAAUGAAGUUGAGUUACCUGAACACAAUAAAGAGACACAACAGUCUGACAAUGAGAAACUUGAAGACCACUCAAAAAACAAUUCCGAGAGUGCUGCAAAUGAAAACGAGGAAAACGAAGGGCGUGCUGUUGGUUUAGACUCAACUCAAGAUGAGAGUAAUACGAGUAAAGAAAGCAAUUUAACUGAACAGCAUAGAACAGAUAAUGAUAGUGAACGUGGAGAGGACUUGGUGAAAGAAACAGUAGAUAAUGAUAGUGAAGUAACUGCUGAUGAACUUGUCGAGAAAUCAUCAGAAAAAGAAGCUACUACAACUCUCACAGAAACCGAGACGAGUGAAGGACAAUCAGACGAACCAAGUGAACCUUUGCAGGAUGAUAAAGAAACAAAAGUUGAGGAAACGGGUAACACUUCCGUUGUAAAUGAACCUAGUAGCAAUUCAACUGAAGAACAGCAAACUCAUAACAAUAUCCCCCAAAACAUUGAGAUACCCCAGGAGACCCCCAUGUCUGAGAUUUCCAAAGCUCACUCUAUUGAUAUCAGCAAGGUGACGACAGUAAGUGAUAAUCAGGAUAGACAAGAAGACGGUGCCUCAGAGCCAACAUCUCCAACUACACCAACCAGUCCACACGAAGCAAGGCCACUUAUACCAGAAUUUCUUUGGUCGCCUAUGCAUCAACGUUUAUUGGCCGAUAUCCUUUUUGCUAUCGAGUCUGAUCUUCAAGUGUGGAGAAGGUAGGUUGUAGUUGUUUUUGCUUAUGUUGCCGGAUAAUUAGUUCAUAUUAUGUAUGUCGUAUUAAAAAUUUCAUUCUCAGUCGAAGAAGAAAUGAACUAAUCAUUAUGGCUUCUAUUUGCUCUUACGAUAUUGAAACUUGAUAUAUAGACGUGUGCUGACGACACUAUCCGUGACGACUCAUGUAAGUUUUCUUCACUGAGCUAAUCAAAUACGUCCUGAUGUGAAAAAUAAGACGUUUUGCCAGUCUAUAGGAAGAAUAUAACGUAUAUACUGAGUGACUAUGGCAAGAAAAGUGCUUCUUGAAGAAUUGAAGUUUCCAAAGGCGGCACUGGAGGUGAACGUGUUUCUCCGAGACUUGUCUCCAAAGUGUGCUCUCGUUCCUAAUAGUCCGAAACGAAACUGCUGUGUUUAUAUAGCACAGAAAUUCCUGAAAUUCCUAAAUUUCUAAAGUGCAACUCAAGCAAUAUAAGUGAUUUCGUUCCGUAAUGCAUCGUCAAGAACAGUGCAAUGAGCAACAUAUAGAUUUGGAGUGAGAACUUGAGUCCAAAGAGAUUUGAAGAUAAGAUUGGGCUAUUUGACGUCAAUUUCAUUCCGUUUUCUGUUGUUUUUGUUUGGGAGGUUUUUAAAACGAAGCUGCACCAAAAUUUCGUAUUUUGACCUGGAUUUGAAGAAUACUACUAUGAAUUUAUGAACUGAUAACUCGUUUAGCGAUACGGUCCGUUAGAACUGUUUACGACCUUCAUAGAUAUUCGACGUCAAUUUCCGCCAUCUUGGCUUCACUUUUCUCGGUCGAUUAACCAAUGACGAAAGUUCUUGCUCCGGGUAUAUACAGAGCUGACUGGAGUAGUGUCUAAUAUGACGUAGAAGAGAUGACGUAGACGAAAUGACGUAGAAAACCAGGUUAUGAUGUAGAUUAAUGCAGUUUUAUGGUAAAAAAUCGCAUUUUCAGGAAUGUUUCCUGCAUUAAUGGGAUUAAUGCUGACCCCACAGAUCUGACCCUAAUACAAGAGAGUAGUUUAAUUUUAUAGAAUGUUUACUAAUAGAUAUUUUGACUUGAUCCGAAUUUUUUUUUAUGUAGUCACAACCGAAGGACCGUUGUGGAUUUCGUAAAUGCCAAAGAAAAUUUUAUCUACAUCUCAAACCUGGCUUUCCUUAUCUCUGUUUUGUCGGACAGUAUGAUAUUUUGUUGUGGAGAUCUUUUGCCCUUGCUCUCUUCAGCCACAUCGCCUGACUUCUCGCAAGAUGUUAUACAGCCAUGUGGUGGAAUGCAAUUGGAGACGGCAUUUUCAUUUUUGAAUCGCGUCAUGAACCUGGUUGACACGGUAGUGUACACAAGUAAUUUUAGCUUUGGUGGUGUUGAAGUGAACAGGAAUUUAAGUACCGGCGGAUUUCUGAGACAGUGUACAAGACUGGGUGAGUGGAAGACUGUGUAUGAAGUGCCGUUGAAUAGACGAGCAAAAAUAUGUUAUUGGGUUUAGAUGACGUUAGUUUUAGACCUAACUAAUCAGCCGACCAACUAUUUAACGAAGUAACUAACUUAGCUAACUAACUUUUUAACUAACUAACUACCUAGUUAGUUAAACUUAGCUAACUAACUAACUAACUAACUAACUAACUAACGGAUGUACUGGCUAACUAACCAAUUAGCUACUAUCUUAAUUAACUAACUAACUAACUAACUAACUAACCGAUUGGCUAGCGUACUAAAAAACUAACUAACUAACAGAUUGAUUAACUAACUACAUUAACUAACUGAUUAGCCUAUAACUAACUAACUAACUAACCAGCUAACUAACUUAACUGACUAAGUAAUUAACGGAUUGACUAGCUAAUUACUAACUUACUAACUAACUAACUAACUAACUAACUAACUAACUAACUAACUAACUAACUAACUAACUAACUGAUCAACAAACCAACUAACUAAUUUUUCGAAAUCUUGGAAAGUUGUUCCUCUUAGUACAAAAUAGAUUUUCUUGCCUGAUGACGAAUACUCAUGCUUAAAGUUAGUCUAAAAGACAUGACGAUUUUGUUUCAGCUCUUUGCUGUGCUGCAAGAAAUCGCUUAGUGUGUCGUCGUAAGCAACAUCGUUAUCUGCCAAUUGACAGGAGGAAGCUUAGUUUUAAAACUAAGAAAGAGACCCAGGACGCAAUCAAAGCUAUCAUUGCAUCCACUCAACCGCCCACUGAUCAGGUAAUGAAGUUCGUAUUUUGACUUGAUUCAAAUAUAGCAGGCUUGGUUAAAUGAUUACUGGUGUAAAUUCCAUUCCCAUUUUACCCUAUUCAGGAUCCCCGAUAAAGAACACAUUUUUGUGUUUAAGGAAUACUCGCUUCAAAUGUCACACACCUCCUUCCUCGUGGAUAGGUUUCUUCCAAGUUACACCAGAAAUCUUGCUAUUACAUGUACAUAAGGCAAUGUUUUAUAAGAGUAGCUAGACUGAAAAGUUUUAUUUUAACUGCAGCCAGAAAGUGUUUUUUUUGUCAAAUAGGAAGAUUAGAAAUCUGUUUCGUUCUUGGUUCACAAAGGAGUUUUGUGCAGAUUCUUCAGAAAUUAUUUGCAGUUUUUUUACAAUUUGAAAAUAUUUGCGCAGAUUUCCAUAAUUGCAAGAAUUUUUGCGCAGGAAAUGGCUUUCCUCCAAAGCCAAAACAUUCAAGGUAGUCUGGGUCGGUAGGUCGUGAAAACAAUUUAUUUUAUAAAUAAUGUUUUCUAGUAAGUAUAAUAUCAUGAAUGAUAUAAACUUUGUUGACAAAUGUGAGCAAACACAUAGUUUGAAACUGUCAUUAGCACAACUAGACAUGAUUAAGGCAAGCAAAAUGUUAAACAUAAAUAAUCUUUUAUAAAAAGAUGGUAAUCUUUGCAGUUAUGUCAAUGAAAUGUUGGCUGGAACCCUUAAAGCAAAAUGGCAACAAAAAUUAUGUUUCCCUAAUUUGAAAGAAUGUUAAGAUUACUUACAAAUCUUUUUUACAAAUUCUCUCCAACUAUCUCAAUUUUUGAGAUAUUUGAAACCAAAAUCCUGCCAUCCGCCAUCUUGUUUUUUAAUUGGAUCUAAUUAAAUGGUCACAAGUUCAUUAGUACUUCGUACUAUUAAGUGUCACCCUCUUUAAAUAAAGUCUCUAUCUAUCUAAAUAACGUCACAACCAGGGUAGACAUUUUAAAAAUAAAAUUAUCAGUGGAAAGCUUAUACAUAAGCUUGUGCUUUGAAUUUUUUUUUACAAAUUCUCUCCAACUAUCUCAAUAUUGAGAUAUUUGAAAUAAAAAAUCCUACCAUUUGCCGUCUUGUUUUUAAUUAGAUCUGAUUAAAUAACGUUACAACCAGGGUAGACAUUUUAAAAAUAGAAAAGUAUUAUCGGUGCAAAGCUUAUACAUAAGGUUGUUCUUUUUUUAGAAUAGGCAAUAGUAAAAAAUAGGAUUUAGCAUUAAAAUGGUCUGAGAAUUGGUCAAGAUACAAAAUAAUGUUUCGCUGGUUGUAACGUCACGCAUAUCCGACGAUGGAUACGCAUAUCCAAGGUGGCAUAAUGCAUAAUGUCUGAAAUGAAUGAAGUGUGAUGAAUUAUCUUUCAUACCAAGAACGAUGUAAAAAGUUAAAAUAUAUUGAAUCUCUCUUCCAAAUCGGGGAGAAACUUUAAAAAUUUGUAUUGCUGGCUAUUUCCUUUUAAACCAACAAUGUUUGGUCUAAUAUUUUUCAUUAUUUUACCAGAAUGUUGUUCAGAAUAUGCCUGGAUAUCUAACUACCAUCACUGAUCCAGAUAAGCUGUUGCAAGAUAUGGAUGUUCAUCGACUACGUGCGGCCAUAUAUCGUGAUUUUGAGGACAGUCGACAUUCCCAGUUCUUAGCAAUAACCGUUGUGUAUUUCGUUGCUGUCCUCACAGUUUCUAAAUAUCGUGAUAUACUGGAGGAGGAGAAAGGUGAUACUCCGAGCAGUCCAAAAAGAAAUGGUGAAUCUUUCCCUCAAGAAGGUAUUGUUCACUUGUUGUUGCUGCAAAUCUGAUUUCUUUAAAUUUGUUGCUUUAAAUUCCAUGCAGUGCAUAUGAAUCGAAAAUUUUUAUUGUGUUAUUUAAAAGAACUUAAAAAACUAUAGAGUAACUUCUUUUGAAGUUUUUCGUUCCCUUGCUUCGCUUUUGAGAUAUUUUAGUUACUUUGAUAUACGUGUCAAGGAUUCUAUGUCACAAAAUGCAUAAUGAGUUUGCUGAAAACGUUAUAUACUCUUGUUAUUAUGAAAUGAAAUUAGUAUAGAAAAUCCAGGUAUUUGUUGUUGUAGAACAACACAAUUGCACACUAAUCUUCUAUAAAGCGAUUUUGUUUGAUAAUAGCAAGGUUAUAAACCAAAUCUGAUAAAAGCUAAAACAAAGUAAUUAGGUUUUGAUUGAAAAAAUCUCCGUGUCAUAGUGAAAAAACAUCUCUUAAUAAGCCAAUUUCGAAACCUCAAUCAGGACUAAUUUAUUAUUUUACAUUUCGUUGUUAUAAAUAUAUUAGGUAGACGAAGUCGUAAUACUGCCGUGAUCAGCCUUGGCCCAGGUAGCCCAAUACGUCAUACCUCAAGUUCGUCUGAUGCAGGCAACGCCGGUGCGGCGAAGAACGGUGAACUGGAACACGUUGAUUUGGAUAGUCAGGAGAAAGAACCCAGUAGCCCGGCAUUUACCAGUAGGCUGUCAAGCAGAAUGAGUCUUUCGGAAAAACUUGAGCUUACCUUUGGGACUUCUGGCUUUCUUCUUCGCGAAAUUCUUUUGGAUUUCUGUUCAUUCCUCUCCAAGGUGCUCGUAGGCAGCCAUAACCAAGAGUUGCUAAUGGAAGGAUUGUCUUGCCUAAAGUCAGAAUCGGUUGUGGAACUUGUGAUGCUACUUUGCUCUCAAGAAUGGCAGAACUCUCUGCAGCGUCAUGCUGGCUCGGCGUUCAUGGAUUUGAUCAACGAGGGUCGAAUGGUUUCUCAUGCAACACGCGAGAGACUGGUUUUGACUACAAGUGAAGCGCUAUUUAUUCUUCAGAAACUAAAAGAUGUCGAUGGUCAAAAACACGAAUAUUUCCAGAGUGCAUCGGACUUGGCGAAUGAUACCUUUGUUCACAAGGGCGCGACUCACGAUCAUAUUACAAGCGCUACUCGUGAGAAAGAUGAAAAUACUGCAAGAAGACAAUUCCAAAAGGUAAAACCUCUGAAGCAUUUGAAACCAUAAAAAUGGGUUCAAAAUUGAAGUGGACAAAUGACUGGAAAAAUAAUCUUCGUUCGAGGCGGUGCGCCUUGCGGGCGGGGUGGUAAUCUCUGAUGGUAUGUCAGUACCCAUGCGAUGGGCUGGGGGUUACAAAAAUAGGCUUACGGACGUAGGAUUGCUGUACGUGUGAUAACGUACACUUAUUACGCAGCUUCUUGAAAUCGUUACAACUAACAUUUUUCGGAUCCGUGUUAGCAUAACCAGUUUGGUAUAUACGGAUAUAUAUAAAGUAUAAAGCUCACUGGUCUGACUGUGGAACUGCAUCUUGUUUAAUAGAUAAUGGGAGUUAUCACGAGUGAAUACGGUGCGUGGAAAGAAAGUGAUAAACAAGCAACAAAGUUCAGAAGAUUGGACAACUGGCAGGAUGAUCUUGGACGCCGUAUGCGUCUUGUUAAUAACCCAUAUGGUUCUACACAUCCAGAGGCCACCUUGUUGGAGGCGUUAGGUUAGUGUAGAGUGACAAGUCAUACCUAAAUGUGCAUUAAUAUGGGAAUGAGAUAAUAAAAGUAUGUUCAUGAUUUUUGACUUUUAGGAAACAAAGUUUCAUCUCAUAACCUCAUAGUAGAGAGUUUGAGCAAGACUUCGAAGACGAAGACGAACUCGACAAUUUCUGCCCGUCUGCACAUUAUCAUGUGCAUACUGAGGUUCGGGUCACUGGUUGCUCAACAUGCUCUCUCGCUAUAUAUUCAUUUCUCACUGUUUAUGAAUACUGACGGUGAUCCUUACCCUGACCCUGUCCCUGACCCUGUCCCUGACCCAGACAAAACAGCGAGACACGAAACUAUAUCUCGUCUUUGUUUUUCCUUCGUUCAGAACGAUGUUCACGACGAAUUUUGCCAAAAUAUUCGUUCAGAACGAAGGGUGAAGAACUAAGACAGGAUUUGGAUUGAUGUGUCGCUGUUUUGUUUUGGUAGGGAUAAAGAUUAGGGUCAGUAUUCGAUUUAUAACUCGCUUUCAUUGAACAACCAUCGCUGACCCCAAAGUCAGUAUGCUCAAGAUAAUGCGCGGAUGGGCAAAAAUUGUCAAGUACGUCUUCGUCGUCGUAGUUCGCUCUCUUGCUCACACUCUCUAUUCUCAUGCAGCGUGAUUGAUGCACGAGAUUAUUGAAAGCAACCCAAAACUUUGGGCCUGUUUAUACGAUCACGGCACAUUUUCAUCCCACCUAGCCGGAAAACUCUCCUAGGCGGGAUUUAUAUGAACAAAAACAUUCAUUUGCCGGCGUAACAGGAAAUUAGUCACAUUGAGUUCGGUGGCAAUUUUUCCUCAAUGACAAUUUUAAGGUGUGUUGCGAACUCGGUUGUUGAUGUCGUUGGAUUAUGCAGUAGCACUAUCACUUCUCUACGAGGUUUUGAAACGGUCUGUACCAGUCUAGGUAGUGCAAAUAUAAGAACAAAACUUCGAUUGAUAGGAAUGCGACUGCCUAUGUAUGUAUUCUUAUAUGGAGUUCUUAUAUGGAUUUGUCAAAUAUGUUUAUAUAGUUUCAUGAAUUAUGCUUACUUGUAUUUUUUCAGUCCAAAUUUCCGAAGAAGGGCCACAUUUCCAGGGAAAGAUGCCCCCUGUGGCCAAAUAUCCUAUGAAAACGGCCGGGGGGGGGGGAUUUAAGAGGAAGAGGAAAACUUCCUGAGACACCAGGAUGUAAACAUUGCCAAUAUGUUUUCUGUUUAGAGACGUACCAUGCUAAGGCGAGCGCUGAUCACCAAGCCUUACCUGCUAAUGUGAACAUCUCUGGUGAGGAAGAACAAAAUCCUGAAGAGGAGGAUACCGCUGAGAUGACUGCAGGAGACAAUAACGAGAAAGACCUGAAUCCACGUGAUCAUGUUGUGUUAACAGCGUCAUGCAAGAGUAUCUCACCCUGCAUCGCUGCUGUUGGUACACUCACCAUUACAACUACAGCUUUGUAUUUUUCACUCGAUGAAGAACAUCCUGAUAAUCUGAAGCUAGAUCCAAAGGUUAGUCUAUUUUCUGUUCUAUUUGUUGUGUUAAAAAUGUAUGUCAUCCCCCUUUACAGGGUUGCUAAGUUCGGUAAAUUAAGCGCGUAAUGUUGAUGUGCAUUUUCUCUUAAGUUACUGUGAGGUCACUUUAUACUUGCAGUUCUGAUGCAUGCGAAUGAGUUGAUGAAUUGUGAAUUUCUGAGUAUUUGUUGAACAUUAAUAACUCGUCCACUCUUUCACAUCUGUCAGAAGAAGAAAAUAGCACAGCAAAAAUUCUAAGUGAAAACGGGCCUUCACCAAAAAUGCAUGUGCACAAAUACUGGGCAAGGCCGACAAGCCACUGGCUUGUUGAAGCCAGCAUCAUCAACUUUCAUGGCACCAAAUUUCAUGAGCCGAAUUUAAACAGUUUUUGAAUGGGAUCAAAUCUACUUUUCGAUUUUUGACAAUCUAAAUAUUGUGCAAAAUUAACAUGUAUUCUCGUUACCAAAAUCAAGCUGUUAUAUCUCAGCUAAUUUAGACGUCACCUUCACCAAACAUUCAUUAAAAUGUCCAAAACAUUCUGGAUAUCUGCACGCCUAUUUUGGACCGACAUCUUCUGUUUUUGGCAAAGCAAUAUAAUUUGGUGUGCUUUGGUUGCUCUUCUUUAUACUCCUGAUUUGGGCGAACUCGCCAUGUUUACAGCUUAUAAGACUGAAAUUUUCCCGAGACUUAAUUACCUGUACCUCACAAUCGGAAAUUGCGGCCAGGCUGAGCCAGUGAACUCCACGUCUUUUACCUGGAACGAAAACUUGCGCGGUGGGGGGGGGGGAGUGUGAAGCCACAAAAAAUUCCAACACACCUUACGCAUGCAUGUUGCGUAAACCACAAUUGCUGGCGCCAUCGACCGUCAUCUGUGGUCACCGGGUCAUCACAUUACUCGAUCGAGUCGAACUACAGUACCAAGGAAAGGUUUUACCUUAUAUACGACUUUACCAGUGAACUCAAAAUUGUAAAUAAUUUUGAAAAAGCUUAAAUAUCGGUUAAAGCUGGACGAUACAGUAUAGCUUUUUUCCUCGCGUGUUUUUAUGGCUAUCAAAAUUUUUCACAAAUUAACUUUCACGAUUUUCAAAAAUCGGGAAUUUUGAAACUAGAAAAAACUUGCUUUAAUCGACUUAUUUUAGUUAUGAAAAGAUAUUUCCCUCCUACUAUCCUGCUGUAAUCGUUCUUAAGCAGUUACAAAGGACAACAUACUUCGUUAUGCUGAAAAUGACUCAAAAAUGAAAUUGACGUACUUACCGCGCCGUGAAGAAUUGUGCAUGGGGACUGUAAUUGACGUCCAAAUUAUACCACAGUUAUUAUACUACAGUGGUCUUCACUUUAUACCGUAAAAAAUACUAGUUCGCAGACCACACCAUAUGCAGACCACACCAUAUAUUAACGGAGAAAAUGCGGCUUGAAAUCGUCCAUUUUUAGUGCGCAAUGAAAGAAGUUUCACAUGAUCAGGCUAUAGCUGCCUACAAUUUUUAAGGACCUUUUAAGAAGAUUUACAUUUAAUAAUUUUUCUUGUAUGUAGAUGUUAGAAACGCCGUAGACUAACCAAUACAAUCUAAACCCAAUCAUAGUUAAUAGAGUAGAUGGUUUGGAAACUCAUUAGAAUAACAAUAUAACUCGUUGUUAGUCGACGUUUAUUCAUAAAUAUGGUCCUUCACCGUCACGUGUGUAUUGUGUUUUCGCCAAAUCCACCAAUAGCAAUUUCGAGUCAUUGGUAGGUAACUUUCCUAAAACAUUACUAUUGGUUAGUUGGGCAAAAAUACAAUACGCCCAAUCUAUCAAAUUCAAUGAGAUCAUUAUAUAUAUACUCUUUAAUACUUAAUAUAAAACCUGACUUAUACUUUACGUAGCUAUGUUUACUAAACCUGUCUGUACCAGUGUGGGUAGUACCAACGUGAAAAUGCUGUGCUGCAUGAGUGGUUAUAUUACUAUACUUGAAAAAAAAAAACAAGCAGAAACUCGAUGUUUCGAGCGAAGACCCUUCGUCGGCAGUGGAAGAUUUUUUUGGUUCAGGGGUGUGUGUUAAACCAAUACUACGCGGUUCGAGGGAAUGCUCUUCCGGAAUUGAUCAAAUCUGGUGGCUCUGAAAUGGCAUUUCUUGCGUUUCGAAGAAGAGCUGUAUGACAUGAAGAAACUAGUAUGUCAUUUUGUUCAUUUCAUACAUUUCAGACAGCAAAGAAUCAGACAGACAUCUUUAUAUAUCGAAUAAUUCAUGCACGAUUAUUUUUUAAAAUAUUAAUCUAAUACAUGAACCCAGCGUCAUUGCCAUUGGCAUUAAGUAAGCAUUGAAGCAAACAUAAUAUUUCUAUAAUAAUCUAACAAUAACGCUUCCUCUUUAAAAUUAUACUUUCCAAGAUUAAUCAAAGAAAUAAAAUAAACGUUUUGACUUUGUAUCUUUGUGUAUAUAGGUUUUAAUUUGUUUUUUUUUCUUUGCACUCUACUGAGGAUUUGCCUCGUUGGGAUCUCUGAGUUGUUAAUAAUUGUGUAUAGAAUUUUUUGCUUGCAUGGAAACUUCCUACAUGCAUAUAUAUAUAAUGGCUUUUGAAAUCUGCAAAUGGCAAAUUGGUGUAAAUAAUAAAACCUGGAAGAAAUGAAACGUCUUUACUUGUGAGGUCAUUACGGUAAUACUUUGUUCUAUUUAGCUAAAAGCGUGCAAUUUGUUUCAUUAAAUAGAUAACUAAUAAUAAUAGAUAAUUUCAAAAACUGGGGCUUUCUAUAAGUAGUCUUGCGAUUAAAGUAGCAAUGAAACUUCUACAUGUUAUAGUUUUGUUGUUCACAAAAGGAAAUCAAUACUCCUUACACAGGUGUAUCGAUUCUUCACAGUGAAAUGAAGUGUAUCAUUGCAGUAACAAAAGACUGUCAAUCAAGGAAUAUAGUAUUGUGAAUGAAACACGUGCUGAUAUUAAUGCAAUGAAAGACGUUCUUUUUUACAACGACGUUGUACAUUUUACAUGUAAGAUGUGUUAAAGAAAUCCAUCCUAUGUAUGAAACUAAAUCCAUCCUAUGUAUGAAACAAUACGUUCCAAAACAAUGAGAUGGUUUGGCCAUGCAUGUGGCCAGAUUGCACGAGGGAAGACUAUACCAAAAUAUUUGUUGCAGAAUAGGAAGCCUAAAACAUGGUAAAUGGUCAAGAGGCAGACCAAGGAGAACUCGUGUAUCAUGAAAACGGUUAUUAAUGAUGUUGAAAUGAGAACAAAUUAAAGUGUUCUGAGUAGAUAACGUGCAGAAGUUAUUUCGUGCAGAGUGCAGAGUUAUUUCGUGCACUAUGUUACAUUUAUGUAUUUAAAUAAUUUCCUUGCUUGCCAAACAUGUUAGUGAACUUCCACUUCUAAUAUUUGCAUUUGGAGUGUCUUAUUUUAACUUGCAAUUGGUCAAAACAUACGUUCUGCAAUUAAUCAUUUCUCAAAUAUUGCAGGUACAUGCUGGAUAGCCGUUCAGCGUUGUGGAUACAAAAUUACAAAUUUCCUAUUUUCUGUCUCCCCAAGCACGUUAUUAAACAAGUAUCCACUUCACUUUGUGUGUUUGCAUUGAACAAUUAUACUGUCUUCUACUAUGUAAUUGCUCUAUGUAUAAAUAAAUUUGAAUCCUGUAAUCAACCUUUGAUUCUUCAAACAACUAUGUUUGUUGAUGAUUAUACCUGUUGUAAUAAUACUUUUAAAAAUUGAAAAAGGAGAGAGACCAAUAUUUUAUUGGUAAUCAAAAAGUUGACCGUGUUCCAACCCAUAAGUUAUUAGUUAUAAUGUUAUAUGAUGGGGUUAUAAUUAGUGAAGACCUGAAGUGGAACAGUCAUGUCGAAUAUAUUGUUUCCAAGGCAUCUAAGAGAUUUGAAGGACUCCUUAGAUAGAAGUGCAGGUGUUGAACCUUUCGUUAUUCCUAAGAUGCGUAAAAGUAAUGUUUGGCCAAUUCUUAUACACAGUUUAAGUGUGGCAGAAUUUCCUAGAUCAUUUAUUUUGUGCAUUUUCUAUAGGCGAUCUGAUAAUAUAUCCUUACUCUAUUUAUAACGAAGACCUCUUGCUAAAUAUUGAGCUUCCAUACAGAUACAGGCCGAUCAAAGGAAACUUCUGUGAACCAAAUUAAUGUCAGAAUUUUCUAAUGACAAUACUCAUCCAUUAUAUUGCUUACUGCAUGUCUGAAGUCGAAAAAGGGACAACACCAUGUAACUGAAAAUCUGAGUAACACACUCAUCAAAGAAAGAGAAUGAAAACCUAAGCCAAUUAAUUCCUUUUUUAUACAUUUAGAUACCAUAGGAUUGUCUAGUUGAUCCAUUUCUAUUAGAGUUAACUAUAUUGCGAAAAAUUCCUGCGUAUUUUGACUCGACAACUUGAAUUAUACGAAAUUAUGAGCUAAUUUACUCAAUUUUUUGAGUAAAGAUUUGAACAUAUUUACACAUAAAUUUGAACAAUUUUACUCAAACUUUUGAGUCACUCAUGUGCAUGGGUGCAUUAUUUUACUCAAUGUGUAUAUAAUACUAUACUACAAAUGUACAAUGUCAUAUACCUUAUACCUAUAUUUGUAUAUUUCCACUUGUGAAUCCAGUGCACUUUGUGGAAAAAAAUUAUCAUCAUGACCGUCGUCAUAAAUCUAUGAUAUUUCCUAUUUUGUAGCAGUAGUUUUUGCUAACUUACUUCCCUUUGUUUAAUUCCAUGAAGAUUAGUUGUCUCUUAUUAUUUUCGAAUAGAUGUAUUCAAUGUCAUAGUUAUUAUAUGAAUUGUAUAAGUGAACAAAAAAAAACCCCGUUAAAACAACCUUUAUCUUGUGUAUUGCAAGGACUUCACUUUAAUCUUCAUCCAGAUGGCAGGUUGGCAGAUUUGUUUUAUUCUGUGGCAUUUAAAUGGAAUACUUGGUUAUAUUUCUUCAUAAAUCAGAAAACAUUUGGUUGAAAUUAGAUUUGUUUUAGUCCUUUUCUCUUUGUCAAGUAACUCGCCAUUCGAAAAGUUCCCACGCUAUAGGUUAUCGUGUUUAGUAUUUUUUAAGUAUUACAAUAACUAUGGCCAAUAUAGUGUUUACGAUUUUGAGAUAUACUUAAGAUGACGGCAAAAAUAAUUGUGCUUUCAUUCUGCCAAUAACGGCUGUAAGGUUAGAAAUAUGAUGUAUGUAUUGUCUGCCUGCUAAGAAACCAUUUUUGUGGGAGUAUAUAUUUUCUAUAUAUAGCUAGCAGUGUAUAGGUGAGGUCCAUGUGUUAUACCUGUAUUUCUACAUGUACCGCGUAAAGGAAGGAAGGUACUUCAAUUUAUCAACUCAUUCGAUAUGCCCCUUCAGCUGUCAUCGUGCUGUUUCUUUGUGUUUCAAAUGAAAAGACUCUUGUAUACUCGUUGGAUAGUACAUGCAUGCAAUCGAUAUCAUGAUGAAUUUAGUUUAUCCGUUCCUUUCAUGAUCGGGUUCCUUAUUAAAAAGAACUUGAAGACGAAGGGCCACCAACUUGUCUAACGCGUUUCGUAUGUAAAGAAAUAUAUAUUUACUAUACUUAGAUGUUCACAAGAAAUUUAUUAUUAUCAAUGUGUAUUACUAAGAGUGAAACUGGACAUAGGCUACUUUACACAUCGCUUUCCCUAUGUGCAUAGAAAUAAGUCUAGUAUAUAGACAACCAAAAUACAAAACUAUACAGUAACUACGAAAAGGAACAUUUUUAAUAUAGUUCUGGCUUUCGACUAUAUGUUUUAGUCAUCAUCAGGAAUGAUGCUAGGUUACAUUACAACGAUAUUUAUAGGUGAAGAUUAAAGUAAUUUGAUAUAAUUAUACCAACAUAUAUAGAAGAGAUUAUAUUAAUGAAAUAUAUUACUUAGUUAAAUAUUAUGAGGGUUUUUGACGCCUUAGUUCCGUGGUUGAGUUCAGGUUUAAAACGUCGAAUGGCAAGCGAUUCUUUAAAAAGCAAUCGGGACCAAUGAUCAGAUCUGUCUAUAUAGUCUUAGAGUUAUUAAAUAUGAAUUCAGGAUUGUCAUGAUAUAGUUCUAAAAUAGAUUUGAUGUGUUGAAAAUGUUCGCAUGAUGUGAUGUGAGAUUUUUCUAUUUUUAAUGAUGCAAGUCUGUUUGAGGCAACUAUAUAGUGAGCGUUGUUAUGGAAUUGUUUUAAAGCUCAUUUUUGAAGUUCUCCAAUUUGUAGUCAUGUACCGCCCGUUACGUGCGGUGCUGUCAUUUAUACAUUGUAAAGUCUGUAACUUUUACCUUUGCGAAGAAUUGCCAAUUUACCUCCGCCUGUGCCAGCAAUUGUUCACCCCUACUGGCUGAAAGCUGAGAGUCCCUGACAGUUGAAGUAUAUCGGUCACAGUGUCGGCGAAAAUCAAAGUCGAUUCCCUGCCAUAGCCAUAGGUGUAGCUUUUGUACUAUUUAUGUCGUGUGAUUUAUGGCAGAUUUAUCGCAUAGCAGUCAAUAAUAAUUAGUUGCCCUAUUUGAUUUGAAGGAUAACCGUCUCUAUUCGGACGUCAAGAGGUCAACGAGUUGAAGAGGGGUGUAGGUCUCUUCAUUUGAAUAUGAUAUAAUUUACUGCCGUUUGAAUUGUAUUCCCUAUAUACCACUAUACCAAUCAAUGUUAUCAUAAUUCAUUAUGCUUAUCUAAACUGUGUCAUUUCUACUUUCUCGAGUCUGUCUUUUUCGUUAUUUACAAUGGUCAUUAAUCCAACACGCAAUAAGAGAUGAAAUGUUAAAUGUUAGGUCUAUAUUUUAACCUAUAUACAUAUCUUAAACAUAACCCAUAUAAUUAUAUAGUAGGGGUUAAAGUUUGUGCCCGAAAUUGGCCAAAUUGUAAGCUGUUGGUAUAAAUUCAACACGAUUGAUAGAAUUUCGGGUGUAGACAUGAAGAAAAUGGGUCCAUUGCAAAUUGUUGAGACAAUUAAAAUACUGUUUGAAAUUGCCAUUGAUAACUACGACAAGAUGUUGAAUUUAUAUGCACUCAUAAUUAGAAAUUGCUCGUUUCUGCCCGGAAUUAUUCGUUUCUGCCCAAAAUUAUUCGCUUCUGCCCAAAAUUAUUCGUUUCUGCCCAUACCAUCUUUUAUGAUGGGGCUGUAUCAUCGUGGACCUUGAUUCAUCUAGGUCCACAACCAUGCAUUGGCUAUCUUAAUUUUGGGCUCUCCAAGGGGGUGCCUUUCCGUCCUACGAUCCUUUUUCUUUACGAACCUCAAAAUUUGUUGCCAAUUCUCGGAAUUACUCUUUUCAAAAACUGCAUGUUAAGACCGGAUCAAACGAGGACGAGAGUGCAUGACGCGGCCUUGGUUAGCUGUUCUUAAUACUUUGCCAACACUAUCAUGUGUCCUAUUUAAGUUAAAGCUUAGUUAGACACUCAUCAAACAAUAAUAAUAAUAAUAUUAAUAAUAUAUUUAAUAAUUUAUAUAGUGCCAUUAAUUUCUUCUAAUAAACCAAUGACACUUUACACUAUUUACAUCCAGUACUAAUCUACUUAAUAUUCGAUAUAAUAUUUAAUUAUUACAAUAUUAACAAGAUUUAUAGUAUUUAAUAAGAUCCAUAUACGUACCCUAAAAAAAGUGUCUUUAACUUUUUCUUAAAAGUAGUUAUGCAAGGUAUAUUCUUAAUUUCUUCUGACAGUCCAUUCCGCGUAUGAUUGGUGCAGCAACAGAAAUUAAGAACUCUAAUUCUUCCAUAUGUUUUAAGAUUACAAUUUGGUACUGUUAAAAGUCCCUUAUUCACUGGAAUAAUCCAUUGUAUAUCCAUACUAUUUCCAUGCUGUAUCCAUAGUAUGGAAAUUGCAAGUAGUAUGAAACCGGAUUUCCGAAGAUCCUUUCUAUUUACAUAGUAAGGAUUUUGAAAAAAAUUGUAGUUGAUCUUAAAAGUCUGUUAGGUUGAUACGGAGUUAAAAUAUCACAUGUUAUGUAUUUUCAGUUCGUGCUGUUCCAAUUAGCGCCUUAAAUGUGAGUACUAAGAUCUUGAAAUCUAUUCUUUCAUGAACGGGAAGCCAGUAAAGAUCCUGUAAUAUAUUAGGUGUUGUAUAUGUUCCUGAACUUGAAAUGUCCCCCCUACAAUGGUUGACUGCCAAAUCUCAUCCUCGUUUGACCGGGACUUUAAUCGCAAAUAGUCAUUUUUGGGUCUUGGAUUCCUUGCCUAAACCCUUCAGUAAUUUUGACAAAUGCAUGGUGUCCUAUAUAUAUAUAUGAAUAGGAAAAAUCAUACCUUCCUCUUUAGCAAUGCGGAAAACGGAUACAGAAAGCAAGGCCAAGGGCCCGUGCUUGUAACAUUCUAUGGCAUUAUAGCCCGGUUUCUAUAUGGUCGUAUAUAAUGGUCGUAAAAAUACAGUCACGAUCUUUCUCAACGACCAGCUUAUAAAUAGUUUAUACCCGUAAACCACAUAUAAAACAUAAGUAUUCUCUAUAGUUAUAAUCAUUCCGCGUAUAUUUUCAUUUCUAAAAUGUUUGUAUUUCAACUGAUGAGAAAGAUCGUGACUCAAUCUUUACGAUCGUUACGACCAUAUAUAUGGAAACCAGAGACUUUGGAAGCGAGAUACUUUAAGGAACUGAAUUGAUCCCCAUCUUUGCGUGAACAGAGAUACCCAUGGACUAUAGGACUUUUGACUUCUAUUGUAUAUCAGUCUUGAUGCGCAUGCAGGUGUCACUGUGUUUCACCACGUCGCGUGUACCGUACAUGCACUGUGGCAUCUCGUGUCUCUUUUAUAUCUCGGGUUGAAAAUUAUUUAUAGUCCAUAGUCAAUACGAUGUUAACAUUUAGCUUGAGUGGAAGCUCGGAGUUUGGUAGGAAUAUUUUGUGCGCUUUGCUCGGAUACAUAAUCUGUAUGGGCAAACCUAGAUCUUGCCAUGUUUAAUUAUGUUUCGCAUUUAACUGUCCCUUCUUUUUAAACUUUUAUAUGAUUAUAUUUUUCUUUGCAAUAUGAAUAAAGUGAUGUCUAAAAUAGAAAGGAGAUUUUGAAUUUAAGUUGACAUGUUAGGGCCUCUCAAAGCAGCAAACGAGAGUUUCCUUAUUAAAUAUCAUUACCAUGCAUCAUCGAAAUAAAUUUUCGCCUAGCUUUUCAAAGCUUGUUUAUAUUAAGUGUUUUGCUAUAGCUUGGCUCGUGUAGAUAACCGUAGUUAUAUAUGUAUAAAGUGAAUCGUUGCACAGCCAUUGUGCUGAAGACUGCGCUCGGUUUGUUACAAACUCCAAUUAACGUACUCAAUAUAUCAUUAUUAAUAUGGUAAUAGCGAUAGGAAUAAUUGCUGUGUGAUUGCUUAGCUCUGUUUGGGGAGAGCGUUUGGCGGAAUCAAUAAGUCAUCUCAUUCAAAUUCAAAUAUUGCGUCGGCUUUAAAGAACGCCGAAAUGAAAAGUAAUCCUGAUUAUUGAUGUAAAUAUUUUGUGAGACUUUAAGUCAAGAUCAAAGAAUAUUGAAGUGGCUUGUCUGCUUCUGACUGGGUAGUUGAUUAUGACCGAAUUUCGCCCUGGAUUGUAUGUUCAGCUUUGUAGGAACGCUCGCUUGGGUUGCAAGACAACGAGAUCUGAGUUGUGGAGAUUCGAAACUGUUCGUCUUUGAUUUUCUGUCCAUGAUUUCAGACAUUGAACCCCUGCCGCCUCACGAAGUGUUGUUGUGUAAACAGACUUUUCUCUACGCUUCCGAUUUGAAUAAAACCACGAAGUCGAAUCGCGCGCUAAUUUCAAUUGAGACGCCUCGGUGAAAGGGAAUUAGUCAUAAAUGUUCAACUAGCUUAUUAGAAUUGAGAUAAGAUCUUAAGUAGGCAUGCGCUUCAAAGGCAGAACAAACGAUUUUUCCGGACAAAUACGUUACAAUAUUGCAGUCCUUUCGCAGGCCUAUUAAUACAUAAUGCCACCUCAUAAUAUUACUCCGCCUCGUUGCGAGAGGGUGUGAGAUAAAGUCACUGAAAUUCAUUAAGUAAUUAGCGCUAAAUUUUGUACACUUCGGGAUUCUCACGCCAAGGUGACAUGUUGGCCAUUCGUCUAAAAUGUUAGGAAAUACACUGAGUAAAUUGUUUGCCGCGCGAUUGAUUAGAAAUGCGUGUCCGUGCACGUCUUUGCCGGAUGAGUUAUUACUUAGGGGAAGUGGUAUAUUCGUCGUAUAUAUUGGAGUGUAUCAGAGACGUAGCCGGCAUGCUUGGAGUGAGGUUUCUAUGCUCCCGCGUGAUCAAUUUCACAGCUUUUGCACUAAGUCGGUAGGCGGUCUUUGUUUACUCGUCUCGAUGUGUUAACCAAACAGUCGUGCAAACAACGAUAAAAUUCAUGUUCUUGAAACAACCGCUCAUUACUCGAAAAGUCUGCUCGUCGCUUUGCCCAUUUCCCGCUUUGUCGUUGACGUGGAGCAGUUGCAAACGUGGCGUUGGUGAGCACAAGUUUUUUGCUGGCUCACACGACUUGUCAAAGUAUUCUUUGGUCGCACUUGUCCGCGUGACUAAAAUACUUAGAUUAGCUGGUGUUCUGUCAUAUCUUGACUUGCCUUGAGGAGAGAAGACGAGAUUCUCUUGAUUGGUGCAGCUUCGUGGAGCUUUGUCCGAGACAAAGAUUAAUAACGUGUGACAAGUUUAAUUGGUACAGGACGCGCUCAAGCGAACUACUACAUUUUGAAAUCAACACGGAUUGUUUAAAGUCUUCUACGCGGCCGCAGCACGGAUCAUCAAGUUUCUUCCGCUGCACCUUGUCGCCUAACAUGGCGUUCUUCGUGGAGCUGAACAAGUUCAUUCUGCAGUACGUUCACGAGAGAGUCCGCAACAGACGACACGAAAUAACUCGAACUUUAGAAAGCAUUGUUGCAAUCAUCAACGAUGUUCUUUCCUCAGUGGAAAGUCUUGAACCCAGAUUCAUAUCGUCAUUUAAGAAAGAAAAUGGCCGUUAUGCUGGGCUUCAUGUCAUCACUUCUACCCGUUUUGAAUUGCAUUUGUUUCUGAAUCAGAUGGGAGUUUUUAACUUCAUCGACGACAACUGCCCGCCUGGUUGUGCAAUGCUUAAACUUAGCGAUGAACGGAAGCGCUCUAUGUCGUUGUGGACUGAAUUUAUCACGGCAUCGGGCUAUCUGUCUGCUAGGAAAAUGAGGGCCAGAUUUCAUUCCCUUGUAACUGAAGCCGUUUUGAAGUGUUCGUUUAGGGAACAAGUUCGAGUUCAACGUGGAACAUCAUCGACCGUACUGAUAAUCAGAGAGCAGUAUGCACUUAAUCUUAUACCUGCGUUUAAAUGUGGUGGUAUAUGGCCACGAAAUGUUUGUGUCUGGCCGACGGACAACCAACUUUGGCCAUCGCAGUCCGAAAUCGAAAUCGUGAAACGUCGGGGAUUUAACCUACUUGCAGGCGAUAUGUUCCCAGGCUACGAGACGCAGGCGGCAGAAGGUGACGCAUGGGUUUUAGAUUUCUCUGAUGGUGAAGAUGUGCUCUUGCGAGGAAGUUGCCGUAAACAAUGCUUGGCAAUACUGAAGACUUUGUUUGAGAGACACUUAGAUCUUCCGGGGAAGCCUAUUCAACCUUUACUUAUGAAAACAUUACUGUUGUACGAGUGUGAGAAACAUCCGCGCGAAGACGAAUGGGACGAGACAUCGCUUGGAGAGCGCGUUAACGGCAUCUUACUGCAGCUGGUGUCGUGCCUGCAAUGUCGUCGUUGUCCGCAUUUCUUUCUCAAAGGCGUUGAUUUGUUCGUCGGCAAAUCACGCGAAGUACUUAACAACGCUGCGCAUCAAGCUUGGAAACUUACUCGCGCAAUAACAACAAAUCCUAAUUCUACGGAAAUAUUAUAAUUUAUAUAAAUGUAUAUAUUACAAAGAGAUAUAAUAUACUAUAUGUACGGAAAUAAAAGUAUCCUAUAAAGCCUGUUUCAAUUAUCUCAAACACCGCAAUUACCUUUCUGCAAGUCAGGAACGACUUUUUCUUUUGCGCGACACAUAAAUGCUAUAAGAAAAGCAAACGCUAAUCCAUUAAAUUAUUCGAGUAUGACAAGAAUUUGUUGUCCGUAAUAUUUGAGAUUCUGCCUGCUAUAUUUUUAUCAUUAUAUGUUAAUAUCGCAGCACUAUUUAUGUUUGUUCUGUACAACUGGUCGUUUUAAAGGCCACCGGGGUUUAUAGUGACAUUCUCAGACAGAUCUACAGUGCAGCGUUGGUAGGACCACCUAGAGUUUUAAUAAAAAGCCGAUAGAAACACGUUUUCAAUUUUAAUGAAAACAUAGCUAUUCUUUUCUUUGGUAAAUGCCGAUCGUUGCUUUUCGUUUGCAUUACCUAUUUGAAAAAGCAAACACCGACAGAGCGGUUUCAUUUCGUGUUAUUGAAGUCGAGAUAGCGACUGCAGCAAAGGCAAAUUGAUUAACUUUUUCUAAAGAUAAACUGCUUUUGUUUCCUUGGUUUUGUGUAUGUCGGAAAAGCGUAUAGUCCAUGUGGGAUUGUGACAUUUUGUUAAUCGAGGAGUUAAUUUGAAUACGGUUGUAGUCUUGUAUUUGCAUCGCAUGUAUGUAGAGCUGUUGACUGCGCAGUUUUCACAGACAGUAUAUAAUUAUGCGGGUAUGCCUUCGACUAUCACCUGCUUGCAUGAAGAAAUUUUUGUGUUAAAAUGCGUCUUGCCUUGAGAAUAUCUGUUGAUGAUAAAAAAAACUCUUGGACUUAGUUGUUAACCGCUAAAUUUUCCCGCAGAAUGUAUAUAUUUAUAUGUUUCCGGCCGACGGUAUAGAGCUCUAUAGAAUACUGACAUGAGACAGUGACUGUGACUGUCAGUGUAUUAAAAAUGAUAUUUUUAUGUACUGGUCGUUUUAUCCCCGUACCAGUAUGACGGAGCAAGCAGAAAAUUCUAGUUGAAUUCUAAUCGAACCAGCAACCUUCGCAUUUCUCUACCGUCUGAGCUACAAUGCCAAGUUGGGCCGGAGCAAGGUCAAGUCGGGAACAAGGCCAAGUCGGGCAGCAACAUCGUUCCCAUGCAACUUAGAUCAGACGGUAGAGCAUCGUUCUGGAAAUGCGAAGGUUGCUGGUUCGAUUCCCAGCCGACCAAAUAGAAUUUUCUGCCUGCCCGGCCAUACUUGUAAGAUGAUGAUGAAAGCACCAGUACAUUUUCAUGCACGAGAGUAAAAUCUCAUGGAAAAAUAUUAUUUUUUUUAUGAAAAGUCAGUGAUCACAUUUCGUUCGGCACAUGAUGAACGCAUGCAACGUUAAAACUAAGCCAAAACUUCUCUUUCGGUCGUCUUAGUUUGAUAACAGGGUUUUGAGUUUCCAUCAUGAACAUAUGUAUACGGUUCUCUUGAUGCUGGUUGCGCAAUAAAUUUGGAAAAGCUUGUCUUUUAGUUUUAAUGAAUAAUGCUGCUCAUAUUUGAUUAGACCGUUCAGUUCCUGGUCGCUAGAUAGAAGUUUACAAAACACGACUUGUCAUUUCAUUGCUAAUUAAACGCUAUAAAACUAGGGAAUUAAAGAAUGCGCCUUCCAGAAAUAAACUCGAACAGUUUGUGCCAGCGUAUAGGUAGUGACAAUAACACCAAAAAGCUGCGGCUGAGGGGGAUUCGACUCCCUGAAAAAUACAACCAAAACUUCGACGUUUCGGACGAACGGCCUUCGCUCGAAACAUCGAAGUUUUGCUUGUAUUUUUCCAGUAAUUGAAUCCCUCGCAAACCGCAGAUCUUGCCUUCUCGAAAGCAACUUACGAUGUCGAUGUGAUUAUAAAGAAAGUAUACUGUAUAUAAUAUAUAUAGUUAUUGGCUUCGUUUCCUCAACGUGCUGUUGCACUUCCCUUUUGUUUGCAACAACUCAUGUGCCACGUCUAUAUAUAUGCACGAGGAAUAACUAUAUGUGCCUCCUGCAGGGGAGUGUCGUGUAGGGGAUUAUGAUGGGUCAGUAUGCUUUACAUUUCUCCAUUAUAUAUUAAUGACAAUUACUCACAACUUGGUGUCAAAUUAAAAAGCAAUAUAAACUUCACAGCCAGCUACUAAAAUAGCUCAAAACCUAGCAUAGACAUGUGUAGGUGCGUGAUUCAUUUAUCACGACCCUUCCUUUGUAUAUAGUUGGUCGGGAACCUGUACACUUACGCUAUGAAUAUCUCUUUAAUUACUGGCUUCCUGUUACAGGCAAUUCAAAAGGAUUAGGGAGAAUAUUAUAAUAACAAUUUGCUUUCUUUGGAUUAAGUAAAGUUCGUUUUGAUUAUACAGGCGCGCUUAUAUUCAAAGCACUAAUUUUGUGCAGAUAACAAGCCCGCUUUGAAGUUGCUGAAUGUUUCCAAAUCAAAGCGGACAAGGGUAAUCUCAUAACACGAAGUAAUUUAGUCUAUCACCUGCAUCUCGAUGCUCAAGCAGCGUUCUCCUUUUGUAUGAAUACGCAUAUGAUAUCCGUAUAUCUUAACUAUUUGUGGCAGUGAUUGUCACAUUUUUCAAACUCGUGUUAUAUGAAGGAAAAAAUUAAACGUUGACGAAUCUGUUUCCUGUGCACGGAAUUAAAUAUAACCUAAAUAUCUUAAUGAAUUUGACUGAUUUCCCCUCUGCAAAAUUGGCGAGCAGAAUUUUUCCCUUUCGCGGUUUUUAAGAAGUUAAAAAUCGCUAUGUUAAAUUUAAAACAAUAGGCAAUAGCCAUCCCAAAAACGGUAAACAGUUUGAAAAUUGCAUGUACAGUAUAUCCGACGUUUCGACUAGAUUUUAGUCAUCAUGACUCAUGAGGAAAGAUGAAAACAUUAUGCAUAUCAUAUAAUAUAAUUAUAUAGGUUUGUUACAUAAUUGUGCCUUUACCAGGAACGAUAUGUGUCACUCGACACUGAUAUCUUGUUUGUCACUGAUAUCGCUUUUUGUCCCGCUAUUUUAAUAAUUGUUGCAUUGCCAUUGGGGGCAAUGAUUAAUAUCCUAUAAUAUAGAUUCUGAUUCUGUUACCUGUAUCAUAAUCGUGAUGAGGCGAUAUCAGUUUUGUCUCUUUUGGGACGCGCAGUCAAGAUAUGGAACGAUAUUGAUGAUGAACUGAAAAAGAUUCCAAAACUCGAGGUUUUUAAGAAAAAACUAAAAGAACACCUUUUAAAUUCUUAGUAUCAUAUAUACGAAGGUUUUAAUACUAGACAAUCGUAACUUAGAUUUUGAAUAGUAUAGUAUAGCUUUAUUUUAAAUUGCAUAUUGUAAUUGUAUGCUGAAAAGCCCUUUGGGGAACAUACAAAGUUUUUAAUAAUAAUAAUAAUAAAGUAUAUCAUAAAUUUCCCUUACAGUUACAUUUAUGAUGUCGUCCCUCAACUAUAAUAUCGCCUCAUAUGAUAACGUAUACAUAAUUCUAUAAGUGAAGAAAUAUGAAAAGUUCUAUAUAUUAGGUCGUCAGUUAAAUAGUAUUAUUUCUUUAGAAGCUUUAUUUUCCGUGUUUGGGUUCCAAUGCUCGUAUCGCAAGCCGGGAUUUUUUGAAACGUAGUAAUGACCAGUCGUCAUGCAGCACAAUCUAUAAUCUAUAAUUUAUUUUCCAGUUAUUGAAAUUUAGAAAAAUCAGAUAAUAUACAUGUUGUAUGUUUUAAGCACAGAUCAUACGAUCAACGAGCAUGAGAGUGCAUGAGAGUUAGCAAUCACGCGACCCUGGUUAGCUGUUCUUAAUGAUUUCCCAACACUAUAUCAUGUAUUUUAGUUCAAACUUCAGUUCAUUAAAACGUAUAGUUGGAACACUUUCAAAUCUUUAUUUUGUUAAUCUAUAUACAGAGCUUGAAAUGUCCCCUAGCUGUAACAAUUCGUUUCUGCUAACACUCAUCAAUUCUCGUUUGACUGCAUGGGGCUUUAUAUAGAAUAUUGGUUUGGUGUUAGUUCCAUUACAGCUUGAAGUAAUUGAAUUGUUCACACGAUGAAAAUAUAGAAAGCUGCGAAUUGAUUAGGAUACAACUACCUGAAAAACAGAACUUCGCUUCUAACUUCCCGAAGAAGGGCGAUCGCUUGAAAAGUCUUCUUUAGAAAGUUCUACUCGAACUCGCUUGCUAAAUUUACUGUUAAUAUUCGUUCGAAAUGCUGAGAUACACACUACUUUUGAAAGGAGUAUAUCCAGGUCAAUGUGAAUUCAUUAUGAAAUGAGCAUUUAUUUGAAACAUAUUCAUGCUGCACUUAUAGAUAGUUCCUUCCUUUCAAUAUCAUGGACUACGACAUAUAUACUCAAUAAUCAAAAUAAAUAGAAGUUGUUGCAAACUCUGUCUUUGCAUUGAUUUCAUGAAACUAUAAAUAUACGUUUUGUUAAUAUUAUAAAAAUUAUCUUCAAAUUUCCAACUUUCGGUGUUUUUUUGUACUUCUUGUUCUUUCGUUUUCAUAAUUUUAACUUUAGCUCUCCCCCCGAUUUAUUGAAAGCACACACAAGUUUGUUUACUUUUUCGACCAAUCAGAUUCGCUUUAAGAACCGUAUAAGCCUCACCCCCCACCGUCCCAUGAAAUUUCUUGGCAAAGUUUUUGUACGAUUUCUUCGACUUCUGUAUUUGUUUUUUAAAUACUUUUAUCACAGCAAUACUGUCUGAGUAUGGGACGUUUUCUCUGUUAUAAUUCUCUGAAGGUUUCUUGUCGUUUUGAAAUAAAACUUUGGCUGUAAAAUGAGUAUGUAUUUGCAUAUGGCAAAAGACUUUACUUUACUUCCUUUCCAAUAAUAUAAAGAGACUACACGUCAUAUGUGUCACUGUCAGUCUAUAGUAUACUGUCGCACUCAAGAUUGUAGUGCGAGUCCCGCAAUCUUUUAUUCAACAGUUGUUUCAACGGAAGUCGCGUAACGUUUUCUAUAAGCUGUUAUUCAACAGUAAUUGAUAUCAGAUUAUACAUGCAAGCAUACUAAUGUUGUUAGAAAAUUUUCACGGUAGCUAGUAUAAUGAAAUUCUACUAAUUAAAAAAAAUAAUCUUCUCUGUGCCAUUACAACUGUCUCUUGUGCCUGUUGUAGUUUUUACUCAAAAACAACAAAAUAACUCAAAAUGCUGUUCGUAACUUUUCUCGAUCAGUGGUGGUUCAUAAUGACGUCAUAGCUCAUGCCUUGCUUACUUUGGAAUAGGUUAUUUCGCUGGCCUCACAGUGACAAAACGUAACAAAACAACGGUUUUACUGACACUAACCCUGUUCCAAACACCAACCCUAACCCUACUCCAAGUUUGUUUCUAAACGUCAAAUUAAAACUUUUAUACGUCAAUUAAAACUUUUAAAACUAAACUAAUGAAACAUUUAGCUAAUAGCCAUGGGACACCCCACCGAACUGAUAGGAUGCGAAAGAACUUUUAUCAGUUAUAGACCUGAAACGAGGGGUAUUCCACAAAAAAAUUACCCUGAGGGAUGAAUAUCAUCAUUCAUCCCGCAGGGUAAUUUUUUGUGGAAUACCCCGAGUGAAAGGUCUAUAAAUGGUAUAUUAUACCGAACCUUUCAAAAAUAAGUAGAAAACAAAUACCAUUCAAUUAACUUUUAAUUUCAAAACACAACUUUUGAUAACUUUACAUUUAAAAAAGUCGAAUUUCCCGCUCAAGCGUGGUAUUCGAAGUCGAAUACCAUGGCCCCGGGUAAAACACCCAGGGUUCAAAUUGCCUAGGUCAUAGUAUUCGCUGAAAAAUACCAUGGUCAUGUGGUACAAAUUUAGUUCUCUGAUUGGACAAGCUCAUUGUGAGGUAUAAUAUUAUACUAUAUAACCUUUCAUAUAUUCACUUUUGUUAGUUUUAUAUUUUUAUUUUUUUAUCAGGGCUCCACUGAAAAUCACUUUUGUGAGUGGACCCCCUGGCUAAAUAUUGUAAUUAUUAUUAUUAUUAUUAUUACUAUUAUUAUUAUUAUUAUUAUUAUUAUUAUUAUUAUUAUUAUAAACCAAUCUUGAAGAAAAACGUUUUGCCACGAAAUGUCAUUCUAAGGUCAGCAAAAUAACUUCUUCCGCUUACUUCCUAUGUCGUUUACUGACAAAAUGGCGGCCCGCGCAUGCCAAUAAAACAUCUUGGACAACAUUUUUGCCAAGGCGUAAAAAAAUACCUGUGGUUCCGGUUUCAUAUCGUGAAAAAAUUAGGGUCGGUAGGUCGGAAAUAAUUUUUUUUUUGAAUUUUUUUUCAUGUUUUUGGCGGGUUUUUUUCUGGGCGAUUUGCAGUAGAGUCCCGACAUCAAUAUUAACUAGAAGUAGAGAUGCGUAUUUCCUAUCGACGAAUUUAGGCAAUUUGGCUCAAUAAUUAGUGUGACAACAGGCGCCAUUUUGGCACGCUGUAUGAGCAGCCCGCAACCACCUGGAGAAAAUAGGGUCGCACAGUCAAUCGCGUUGAAAAAAUAAUAGGGUUGGUAGAAAAAAAAUAGGGUCGGUCGGGAACCGGAACCAGGUAUUUUUUUACGCCCAAGAGAAAAUGAGAAAAUGAUGAAGAAAAUGCCUUGGUCGGCGAUAAGUACCUGCAUGGGCAACUAGGACCAGUGGUAGCAAAUUUUGUCAUAGUCCUCCAUGCUUUUGGCUUCACUUUGUUGAUUCACGAAAGAUAGUAGCACUGCCCAUCCUAGCCACGCGCCCACGAUCAUCGAUUGAGUUUUCUCCUUCGUUGAUCUCAAAAUUAGACUGAAAUGGAUAGAGCGACUUUUUGAAUUCAGGGAAUUAAUUUUGAAGCCGGAAUAUUUUUUACUGAGGAGAGAUUUUUAAAUCUGUCACAUUCCUUACGAAUCAUAAAAAUUGCCGGCCGAAAUCGGAUUUUUCCACCGGGUGAAAUUGCUUUAUGCACAAAUUAAGGUGAAAAUUGUGAUUUCGACCGUCAAUUUUAAUCGGCUGGUAUUUCGUGAUUUUUGUUUAGAAUGAGACAAAAAGGUGUCAUCCAACAGCUAAAACUAUAUUCUUUUUAUUAACAUGAUUAUCAAUAUUGAACGCUCAGCACGUUAAAGUUGGAUUACCUCUUUCUUGAUACACCCCGUAGUACUCUGUAUGUUUUACGAGAAAACCAGUUGCAACAUUAUUGUAGAUUUACGAACACUUUUGUCUUGGUUUCUUGCAGAUAACAGCGUAUGCAGACUUUUUGCAUGGGAAAUGGUCGUUCGAGGACAUCAAAGCUGUGUUUUCAAGACGUUAUUUGCUGCAGAAUUGUGGAAUAGAAAUAUUUCUUUCUUCUCGCAGUAAGUGUAUACCAACCAGUGAACUCUAUAAAAACUGGAGCGAUAACUGGAGCGAUAAAAGCCCUGUGAUUGAGUGAAGCCAACAUGACGGCCUAUAGAGUGAUCUCUAAUUAUAGGUAUAAAACACGCGUGUAUUUCACGUGGGCUUCGCGGGAGCUGAAAAAUGACCAAGGGUUUUCGAUUGAUAUUUUUCAAUUUUUCACGUGGUAUAUAGAUGAAAACUGAAUGAAAUUCAACUGCAGUCCAUAUUGUUCUGUGUUUAGUUAAGUCCCUCGUAGAUAGUCCAGAAAAACAAACGUUCCCGGGUUUUUUUUCUGAACUUCUUUGUAGUGCAUAAAAACGCAGCAAAACUUCACAAUGUUCGUUGUAUUGGUGAAAUUGCGAAUUUCAAAUAGGUCACACGUCUUCUGGCAUCAUAACUAUCCAUGAUUAUACAAUCAUGGUAAACUUCCUUCUGUUUUAGAUUCAGUGAUGCUUGUAUUUGAUGACCAUCAAACUGUGCGAAAGGUAGUGCGGGCUUUGCCUGCUGUAGGUGUUGGACCUCAUUAUGGGUUAUUACAAACAAGGUUAGACCAUGAAAACAUAUAUACCAAUGGAUCUGUUCGGUCUCACAUGGUUUCUACUCUUCUAAUUUGUUGACCUUUUUAUCAGGGCAUGAAUAUGUUGAAAAAUCUAAAGGACUGUUCAUUGUUAACGGAAAAUUUUGAAAUCUAAGACCUCGUAAAUACAUUGUCUGCUGAGCGAAAUUCUUCUAUAUACUUGGGAAAAAAUUCUCUAUCUUCCGAAUCCGAAAAAUCUUCCGACGUCCGUACCAUGUGACUUCUAUGUAUUUCGACUUUUAAAAUGAAGUUGCCUUAUAUUUUGUGUGUUUUAUAUUUUUUGUGUGGCAAAUUAUCCUACACUGCAAUGUGAAAUAUUGCAUUCCUACUUAGGCCCGUUUCAGAUGCAGGCGUACUUUUAAUGUGCCAAAUUAGGUACAACAGAAGAGCAACGUAUGAAUCAACUAAGCAGGGCAGAAUUUCGAGCGACAAACGUUCAACACAAGUUCAACAGAGCCUCUCCGUGCGUACGCCGCUCCAAUUCUCUAUCUUCCGAAUCCGAAAAAUCUUCCGACGUCCGUACCAUGUGACUUCUAUGUAUUUCGACUUUUAAAAUGAAGUUGCCUUAUAUUUUGUGUGUUUUAUAUUUUUUGUGUGGCAAAUUAUCCUACACUGCAAUGUGAAAUAUUGCAUUCCUACUUAGGCCCGUUUCAGAUGCAGGCGUACUUUUAAUGUGCCAAAUUAGGUACAACAGAAGAGCAACGUAUGAAUCAACUAAGCAGGGCAGAAUUUCGAGCGACAAACGUUCAACACAAGUUCAACAGAGCCUCUCCGUGCGUACGCCGCUCCAAUUCUCUAUCUUCCGAAUCCGAAAAAUCUUCCGACGUCCGUACCAUGUGACUUCUAUGUAUUUCGACUUUUAAAAUGAAGUUGCCUUAUAUUUUGUGUGUUUUAUAUUUUUUGUGUGGCAAAUUAUCCUACACUGCAAUGUGAAAUAUUGCAUUCCUACUUAGGCCCGUUUCAGAUGCAGGCGUACUUUUAAUGUGCCAAAUUAGGUACAACAGAAGAGCAACGUAUGAAUCAACUAAGCAGGGCAGAAUUUCGAGCGACAAACGUUCAACACAAGUUCAACAGAGCCUCUCCGUGCGUACGCCGCUCCACUCAUGUUCCAAAGCUAAACGCCGUUUUCCACUUCAAUCGUACCGAAACGUACUGGUGAUCAUGCGUAGAUUGAAAAUAUGUUGAUAAAUUAACGUACUUCUGGAUGUAUUCGCGUAUCAAAAUGAAAAGUUCGUCGCAGGUUAACUUUUUGGCGUUCACUAAUCAACAUUCACUAAAUUUUGAAAUUAGAACUUUUUAUACGUUUUGGUACUGGACGCUUGAAGUGGAAACGGCCUUAACUCAACUUUUUCAUUAUUUGUUAGUAUUAGAUUUCCCUGCUGGCAGUGGUCUCUAUUUGUGCUGGGAAGCGAAUGAGAAGAGACCUCUGCCUAGAUCUGACAAGUCAAGAUGGACAAGUCAAACCAGUUUGUAAAACAAGUUCUGAAACCGGUUUAGGGAAACAAAUAGUACGCAUGCUCAGAGCUGAAUUACGCUGUAAUGACAUUGAGCCCGUAGUGUCAAAAUGGCGGCUUGCACAGCGUGGUCAUUUCGAGGUUUUUCAUGUUGUUUGAAAGUGCUCUAAGUUAUGUAAUUGAUAUUUUCAAAGAUGAAACUGUGAAAGCAGUGACAGAAGAACAAAAGAAAGCAAUCUUUUCUGUUUUAUCGGGCCGAGAUACAUUUGUUUGCCUUCAAACUACGGUAAGUCUUUGAAUUACCAAGUUGCUCCCGCAAAAACGGGUUUGAUAUCAUGUGGUGAACAUCACUCGUUGUCAUGGCAAUUUUUGCACAUGCGCGACAGAAAACGUGUCAGAUCUAGGCAGAGGUCUCUUCUCCUUCGCUUUCCAGCACAAAUAGAGACCUCUGCCAGCAGAGAAGUAUUAGAUUAGCCAUCUUGUAAUCUAAAAAUAGACGUAUUUGUUUUGAAUUUCAUUUAGGAUUCGCUCGCGAAUGCGCCCACCCUUGUGAAAUACAUUACAUUUUGUACGCCGUUUGAAUAACUGCCGUUAUUAUAUCACAAGAAGAGUACGCCGUCUGAAACGGGCUUUAGAAUGUUUCAAUUAUUGCAAAUAAGUAAAAUUCCCAUUGAUGCAUGAGAUUUGCUCGACAAACGUGCAUUGUAUGGUAACAGAUCGAUUCCUUCGUUUUGGUGUUUGUAAUAAAGUUUAAAAACAAGUAUAGUCUUCAGUAGAUAGUUACGCUGAUAUGCGCUUCUGUUUUUAGGGCGACGUCAUUAGCAAGUCCAAAACAACUCUUUCAAAGAUCAAACAUGUCUCAAAGAUGGCAAAAAGGAGAAGUCACAAACUUCGAGUAUCUCAUGUUCAUCAACAAGAUAGCAGGUACUAUAUAUGUCUUUUAGAAACACCUUCCCGCACGAUUAAGCGAUAUAUUAAAAAUAAAUAGACUUCAACCUAGCCUCCUCCGCAGGCAUCUCGUGGUUCACCUGAGUUGCUAACCAAAUUCUGCCCCUAAUCUAACUCCAGUUACCAACGUUUUGAGAAUGUACCUUCUUUUACGUCCGAUUUUUCGGAGUAAAUAGGAGAUUUCGUGUGGUAUAUGUUAACCAACUAUAGUAGGCACUAGCAGACUGCAUACCUCCGUCAGAGAAUUAUGUUAUGUGUCAUGCAUAAGUUACACAAUGGGGCCGGGCUAAUUUCUCAUCCAAUUUUCAAUGAUGUCAUUUCCUUGUAAAAUAUUAGACCUAUACAUAUUUCACUCUCCUAUGACCGUCUCCAAAAGUAACAAUAGAGAGGUUAAGAUAUCCCAGUUCCAGUUUAUUGGCGCGGGUGAUAUAGACGUAUCCAUACCCGUAAACCGGUAACGAACUUGUAACUUAAGAAAUCCAAGAUAUUCCAUGGAAAGAAAAGCGAUCGGAGAAUGGUAACUUUCGUUGUUGAAGUUCACCAUAGAUUUGGAAAAAAUUGACGAGCAUAUGUGCAUUUAUUUAUUUAGGUAAGAUGUUGAAGUAUUUUACGUACUUAAACGGCCCACAAAUAGUAAACAUAAAACACCCGUACCGCGAGUAAACAGGUAGAAAUUACCUUUAAACAUGCUGACAUCAGCAAAAAUUGGUGAACAAGAUUGCGAUACUCGUACCCGUAAUAUGUUAAACUCUCUAAUUCUGAACAUUAAUGUCACUUCAAAAAUGUGUUGCUUCGAAGGUUUAACAAAUCGUUACCUGUUUAAAUUAGUUCUACUAUGAAGCAAGUAUCUUCUUGUACGUAACGUGAAAGAUAUAGCUUCCAAUGAUACUUCUUCUAAUGAGUUUAGAAUGUUUUAAACACGAGAUAAUGUGACUUGAGGCGGCCAUAUUGGUGUAACCUCAUUAAUUAUUCACUGGCAAGUUUCAGGAGCGAGGCCACUAGUAAACAAUUUCUCUCUAUGCAAUAUAUUUCUAUUCCUACCAAUCUCCAGGAACUUUAAGAACCUCCUCUAACAUGUCAGCAACACCUCUAUAGAGAUGCGGUGGUCAAACCAACAUGACCACCAUUGCUUCAUUUAUGCACAGCGGAUCCUCUAUCCAGUCUUUAGUUUUGAGAUCAGUGUUUGGCACAUACGCUAUGUUGUUCGUCAUGGUCAUUUUACCCCUCAGUUACGUGCUGGUUGUUUGAUUGGCAUAUUUAACUGUUAGUUCAGUGUGUGAAAUUAUUGUUUUUUUAGGACGUACAUAUAAUGAUUUGAAUCAGUAUCCAGUAUUUCCAUGGGUGUUAACAAAUUACACGACUGAAACAUUAGAUCUCAAUGAUCCAAAUAACUAUCGGGAUUUAUCAAAGGUAAAGAGAAUGCUGGCAGGAAUUAUAAUACAACCAGUUUUCUACUACCGGUAUUCAGGUCUUGCAGUCACGUGGGAAUAUUACGUCACGCGGUAAAAAUAACGGACAGCAAAAGAAACAACUGUCUGAAUUUGGAGAAAAAGUGCCUUUCUGAAUUCGUAUUAAGCAAGGUAUACUAGAAAUACAUGCAUGCGGCAACCCCUCGCCUUUAAAUUUCUUAACAGAUGAAGUAUAGAAAUUCCACAUGAAGUAUUUGAUGAUUAAAAACAAUAAUGGUUGCCGUACAAAGCAAGUACGGUAUGGAAUUUUACUAUUGAAUGUUUACACUUACCCAAACAGCGCUAAGACAACGAUUAAAUUAUUAAAAACCUCAGAUACAACUCGUCUUCGACGAAAUUCGUGUUAUGCCUUUCAAACUUUGUUUCACGGUUGACAGCCACUAUUUCAUGAAACUGCAGGCUUAUUUCCAGUCAAAAUUGAAAAACAUAACGUUUUGUACAUUUGUAAACCUUUUUAGGGAAAAAAUAUGCUGUAAAACGGCAAAAUGUAUUUGCGCAUGCGCAUAACGUCAAAAAUCGUCCAUGACAUAAUGGAGGACAACUUUGAACUUCGCUAUGUUCUCGCAUACCCAGGUAUAAAUAGCCGUGCGGAAUUAGUACUCUCGCCCCGGGCUUACGCCCGGAACGGCGCUUUGCGCUGUUGGCUAGGGCAUAAAGGCUAUAGACUGGAGCUCUACCGAUGUAAACCUGUGAAAUUUUGACGGCUAAUGGAUGUUAAUGGUAUGUUUGUAUUUAGCUCUAAACAUUUGCCACCCAAAAUGGCGGAAGUCAGACAAUCGAAUUAUAUGUUGUGACGUCACUUGCAAGGGCUGAAUACGGUAGUGAAGACUCGAUUUUUAAAUGAGUUAUGAAACACAAUCUUUCUCCGUGAUUAUAUUUUUCACAAAUACUUUGACAAAAUUAUGUCAAAUGUGAAUUAUUUACUGUAAAAGGAAGAAAGUUACUUGAUCGUUCUUCGACACGCCAUUAAAAACCUGUUUCAAAACCGUUAUUUUUUCGCUCUGAGUUUGGAGUGUUAUUUCAUAAUCAAAACCAUUCUCGUCCCCAGAGCCAUUUUCACUCGGUCACUCGUUGAAAAUUAGGCUCUAGGUAAGACGACUAAAGGGAGAGAUCUGAUUGGCUUCUCAAAGAACUGCUAUUUCGCAGAAAUUGAGCAGUACACGAAAUUGACAUUAAAUGCAUAUUUUGCUCUUUUCCUCUAAAACCGUAAUUGAAAUACUUGUUUUCAUAACAUGAUAUUCUUGUAAAGCAGUUUCCCAAUGAUCUCUUUUCUCCAGAGUCCAUGAAAUGAUCUCUUUUUGUAUGUCUGUGUCUUCUCCUAUUUCGUCUUGUCUUGUUCGUUGCUCAUUACGUAUAUUAAGUACAUUUUGUAUUUUUCUUGCCCAGCCGAUUGGUGCUUUAAAUCCAGAAAGACUUGGGCAAUUCCUCGAUCGUUACAAUUCUUGGGAUAAAAGUGAAGAUAUCCCACCUUUCCAUUACGGCACGCAUUACUCAACAUGUGGUUUCACCUUGGCUUGGCUGAUAAGGCUCGUAAGUAGUAUCAAUUGUAAUUUCGUGUUAGCUACAGUGUAAGCUUUUUGCUUUACAGCUAAUUCAGAAAAAGGUUGUCCUUUGCAAACCUUAAACUCUAAACCGUAAACCUUAAGCUCUAGCUAAGCGUGCAAAGCAUAAUGGGAGCAUCAUUUAAUCAGUUUAGAAAUCGUAUAUGGGGCCCAUUUCUUAGAGACGUGGUAAAUAUCUCCUUACGAGAACAAUUCAUUCACAAAUAGCUGCAAUAUUCAACUACUAAGCUUGAAAAAGGUUUAGGGUUUAGAGUUUAAGGUUUGCAAAGGACAACCUUUUUUAAUCGACUGUAUAUAAAUGCAAUAUCCGUAAAUGUUCAUUUCAUGGCAGUGCUGGCACUAGCGGUGGCCUGGGCUGAAUAUAACUGCAUGUGUAACAAAGGUGGAUCAAUUUUUCAACCAUGAAUGCAUACAGUAUAGGCUACGGAUUAAGCGAUAUAUUCCAGUCCAGUCUGGGGCCAGUUGUUUAAAGCACGAUUACCUUUAACCAUAAAGGUUAAAGUGCUUGUGACACGAAAUUUCACCAAAUCUCUCCUUGAUUGCAUUGCAAAGAUCACUUAAGAUGACUAUAUAAUCUAUGUGGUAGAAUACUUGUAGCUCUCUUCACUCCCAAGAUAUUCAACUUUGUUUGAUAUGCAAAUAUCAUCAGUAUGACAUCACACUGAAUAAUGAGAUUUUUGAAUAGCAUGAUCAAUUUUCAAAUUGGUUAAAAUCAGGGAUGCCGGAAGUUGCUGAGGGCAAGGGGUGCAAUUGGUUAACAAAAGAGCACACUCCAUAACAAAAGGGCACCAAUCAAAGACCUCCCUCCCCGUCACCAAAUUCUUUCGGACCGAAUACAAUUAUUUAGGCACUAUUCCUCCGUAAUUUCUCGCCAAAAAUUCCAUAAGUAAUAUGCUUUCCGUUUCACCUUUCGCCAAAUGGAUAACAACUUUGCCGAAUUCCUGACGACUGCGGGUGGAACACCCCACACAAAUCCUCGAGCGACGUUUAAUUCUGUCUGUUGUAAAAGUUUUGUGCACCAGUUGCACCCCUAGUCUGCACCCGCACUGCACCCACAAAGUUGAAAAUGUAAACGGCAAGGGGUGCACUUGCACCCGCUGCACCCGUGGUUCCGGCAUCCCUGGUUAAAAUAUUCCACACACAGAUACGGAGGCCUAAUGAUUAAAUGAUUUAUGUAGAUACUGUAUAAGCACAAUUUUAAUUAUGUGUUAUGCAGUGUGAUGUCAUACUGAUGAUAUUUGCAUAUCUCGAUCGGGAGGGAGAGAGUUGCAAGUAUUCUAUCAAUUAAAGAGGUUAUAUAGCCAUCUUAUAAGUUAUCUUUGCAAUGCAAUCGAGAAAAAAUUGAGUGAAAUUUCGUGUCAUAAGCACUUUCAAUGUAACAAGCUGUUUUGGUUUGCGCAUUUCUACACCUGGAUUUGUUUUAUAACUUUAUAAAAUAUAACUGUUAUAAAUGCAGACAAGAUUUCCGGAAAAAUUUACAAGUAGCCGGGAAGUUUGCUUUGACGUUUUACACUAACCUAUAAUUAAACUGACCAACUUUCGAACAACUGUCGAGUAAACGAGUAAAAUCGUCUGGCUAAAUUUAGACAGAGUAAAAUAAUAAAGUAUAGGGGCGGACGCAUACAAAAGGUUAACAUGCAUGAUACACAAGCAGAUAGUUUGAUUAACUGUUUGAGUGCCAGCAUUUUUCCCUUGACAAGUAAAAUCUUUUGGCUUUAGAGUAAAAUAUUUUCGCAUUAGACAGAGUAAAAUAUUUUCGCAUUAGACAGAGUAAAAAAUGUGGCACUUUGCCACUUAAAGGGUUAUAUAACUAAGAUUUCCAGCUACAAAAGAUAAUCAUAUGUUGGCAAUCUAAUUUGUCCUCCCCCAAUUCAAUAAUUGUCCGUCACUGAUUCAUGGGUCAUCCGUUUCUUUUCAGGAGCCAUUUGCGAGUCAGUUUUUGAACAUGCAAGGUGGGAUGUUUGACCAUCCUGGGCGUACGUUCUCCUCUCUGGCUUAUGCUUGGCAAAACUGUCAACGGGAUACAUCUGAUGUAAAGGUUGGUCACAUGCAGUGAAAAAGUACAUGUACCUAAAGGUGCAUGUGCUAUAUGUAGUGGUGCACGAUAUAUAGUCUGCGGUUAGCAAGUGGUUAAAUAUAAUUAUCACGUGCCACAGGUUCGAAGUUGUCGUCUGUUGGCAGAUGUGUUAGGGGGUUGCAAGUUCCAAAAUACCAGUUGGUUAGCAGAUGUAACAGAGCCUGAAAUAACUGGUGUAACAGAGCCCAAAAUGAAAUGUGAUUGAAAAAUUUCAAAUUUGGUCGGACAUUUUUUUUCAAUUUCGUUUUGACUCCCUCUAUUUUCAUUCGGUAAAUUGCAUCAAUAUUAAAAUAAUACUUUACAGGUACUACCACACAUCUGCUUUAUAUUGUAAAAAUGGGUAAUGGUGUUAAAUUGUUAAUCGAUUCUUUCCAGAAAACUGAUUGCUCUUUUUGCCCCGAUCAAUUUGGCAUUUGAUCGGAAAAAACUGUAAUUUAGUAUUUGCAUUGGGGAAUGUUAUUUGCAUGGCACAUGAAACAAUUUGCAUGGUGAGCGUUGCCCAAAUUCCAGGCAUGUUAUCUCAGCGAGCUAUAUACAGUACCAGUACGAUCUAAUGAAAAAUUGUUUUGUAUAUCAGAGAUUUUUCUAGUCGUCUGGGUAUUUUCACAUUUCCAAUGUUCCGGCAUACUGAAUCGGGUUCUUUCAAGUAACCAGAUAAUUCAUUUACCCUUGUAGGAAUUAAUUCCAGAGUUGUUUUAUUUGCCUGAAAUGUUUACUAACUCAAACAAGGUAUGUGUCGUAAAAUGUGUGUAUAUAUAUAUUCUGCAUUGGAGGAAUCGAAAUGAAGACUUCUUGUAACAACUUUAUUAUAGUAUCUGUUAGUAUGACAUUAAAAUAAUAUAACGUACAUAUAAUUAUAUUAUAAAAUAUGAAAUGGCCUAAAAGGUAAAUCCUAGUUUAAAAUAUAGUAGGUAAAAGUUUCAUAAAUCUGAGAUACUAGGACAAGUUGAAAUAAAAGUAGCAGAACGAUCAAACAAAAAUAAGUGAUGGAACAAAAAUAAUUGAUGGACUUAUUUAAGAGUAAGAGUAGUCGAUAUCUCAAACUAUUGCAAAGUAGAUUCAAUGAUUAACCACAUUUCAAGUAUCGAGGUUUCAUCUCAAAUUUUAAAUUUUUCAACCUCGUUAAUUUGGAAUAGCAUUCAAACGAUAUUUCAACCGUUUAAUCAUUAGAAUGUUAAAUAAGUGACCUUUCAACUGGAGAAAUGCUUAUAAUAUAUAUUCUAAUGUUUUAGUACUUCCGAAAUUUGUAUUUAAACGAAAAAACUCCGCCUUUUCCAACACCAUGAAGAAGUAUCUCAAAGUAUUUGUUUUGAAAUUCUCAUUUUUUCGUCAAUGAAUAGUUUCAGUUUGGAGUAGAUGACGAUGGAAGAGUGAUCGAUGAUGUUCAGAUACCUCCAUGGGCGAAGUCUCCUGAAGAUUUCAUCAUUAAGCAUCGAGCUGUAUGUUUAAUUCUCUUUUUAGGGACCGUUUAUUAUUUAUGAGAGGGGGGAUGGAUGAGAAACUGGGGGGACCUGAGAUUUGUGGGAAGAAAAGGGGGGAACAGCAAUUCUUGUAACUUAAAUCCUGUAGGGGGGGGGGGGGACCUGAAAUUGAAGAAGACAUAUCUAUGAUUCCAUAAGAUUAUUAAACCAUCUUUCUAUGCAUGCAUUCUUAAAGGAAGUGGGGAAAUGAAAAUUUAACUUUAACUAUAAAGAUGGGGUCUAGAAAAAAAUUUCGAAAUUUUCAAAAAUCACCCAUGCCCCUCCCAUAAAUAAUGAACGGUCCCUUAUUCGGAAGCAAAACUCUGCAGUUCUAGGCAUAGCGUGCUCGUGCUUUACUGUGAUGGUAAAGUGCACUCUAAAAACACUGGUUAAAAUUCCGCCUGGUUAAACUUUCUUUUUAACCUAGAAAUAACAUAAUAAUUUGGUUAAUAUUCCUGGUUAACGUUCCAUGUUAUUUUCACCUUGUUCCUGGUUAUUUUAAUUUCCCGAUUUUUAUAGGGGAAUUUUAAGAAAAACUUUAUUUCGAGGCGUCAACAUUAAGUUGUCAUACCAUUAUCGUUUUGCCAAAUAUCGUGCUUUUAACUUCAAAAGCACAAUUUUUACACAUGUAUCUGCCUAACUAAAUACUUUAUUUUAUCUCACAAGGCACUAGAAUCUGACAAUGUAUCAUCACAUCUUCAUAAGUGGAUUGAUCUCAUCUUUGGUUUUAAACAAAGAGGUAAGUCAACUCGACAUGUUAAGGAACACAUGUUAAGGAGCAUGUUAAGUCAUGAAAAGGAACUCGACAAAACGUGACAACAAUGAUGAAUCAGAGCCUAAAUUGGUUUUGUAAAUACAAAUGAAAGUCGAAAUUGGAGAAAUGCAUGGUCGUUAUAUUUAUGGUAGCUAUAUAUAUAUAUAAAGCCGUUUUAUAUAGUCUAACCAUUGUCCGAUACUGCCUAUCCGACUGGACCAAAACUCGGUAUCUGCAAUUUGUAGAAUGUAUGAGAAUGUUAAGCCCUGAAAACCUUUGUUAAUAAUAGUUUCCCGUCCACCGAUUGCGGUAAUAGAAAGUUUAAGCUUCACGUUAUACGGCAAACGCCAGGCAAAGAAAAAUUUUACGGUAUCAGGCAAUAAAGAAUAAAUGAACUUGCUGUUUUAAAACUGCGAUGCAUGACUAUUCUUUCGACACAAGAAAGAAAAUAUGAGACGAAAACGUUUAACGAAAAUUUUGCGAAGAAAGUUCGAACCUGCCGUUUGCCGUUCACGGAAAUGCUAUGCAUGUUCAAUGAAAUUGAUGGGUUUCAUCCAUUUAAUUAGUUAAUUUUAUCACUGACAGUUCAUUUUUUAUCUUCAGGAGUCGAGGCUGAGCGGGCUGUGAAUGUAUUUUACUAUCUAACGUACGAAGGAAGAGUGGAUCUAAACUCUAUUCAAGAUCAUGUCAUGAGAGAGGUGAUUAAUGAUGUAUAUAAUAUUUGUCCAUUUUGUCGAGGCACUGAAGUAUAAAAUUAUCCCAGACGUGUGGUACGUGUCUAUACUGACCACUAUACUAUGUCAGCUUUCAAGCAAAGUAAAUGUUUCAUUGCUACUGUCAACGUCGUAAGAAAACAGUCAAUAGCAAAUUAUUCAAAAUACAUUCAUAUAUAAUAUACCAGGGCGCUUGUUGUAUGAAUGCCUGAUAUAAUAGAUAGUGAUUUUUGUAAGCUUUGUUAAAUUGGUCGUCGAUUGGUAUAAUCCAGAUUAAACUUUAACUUUUAAUUCGAUAUAGCUUUUCAAGGAUUUUUACAAAGGUUGAAAGAUGCGGACCAUUAGAAAAGUGACUGGGUAGGGGCAGAACAAUUCGCACAAAAGAAAAAAAUACGCACAAAGGGAACAGCAGAGAAAAUUACCUGGAAUCAUAAUAAGCUGGAAUCCCCAUCACUUCUCUAAUGAUGGGUCCCUUAUAUCGCUAUCUCCUGUAGAUAGUGCUAUCUGGCCUUUGUAUAUGCAACCGGCCUCAGAGGUUAGAAAUUCAAACACGCCCAAUAUGAUGCUGGACUCGUCAGCAGCUGGGGAGCUGGAUUGCAUAAUUGCCAUUCACAAUAGGCAAUUCCAGCUAUAGAAUAGAUUUUGAUCUAGGCAAGAAGAACAAAAUCCAUCACCACAGCUAGAAAGAGCAUGUUAAAAUAAUUGCAAAGUUUGGCCGCGAAAUGUUGUAAAAUGCGGAAAAUAAUAAUAGCCCUGCGAAAUUUGCAAAUUUUGUAUUUGUAUUACGCGCGGGAAAAUGCACCACAUUUGGGCCAAAAGUGGUGCAUUUUCCCGUACGUAAUACAAAUUAAUACAAAAUUUGCAAAUUUCGUAGGGCUAUAUUUUCCUUAUUUUACAACAUUUCCCAACCAAACUUUGUACAUGCUCUUUCUAGCUGUUUCUUAAAUUUUAACAUGCGCUUUCUAGCUGUGGUGAUGGAUUUUGUUCUUCUUACCUAGAUUUUGCGCUGUAUUUCGGUGUUAUUCUGUCGUAUUAUUUAACAAUUAUUCGCCAAAGGCGAGGUGAUUAUCGGUGAAUAAAAACCGAGACGAAGUCGAGGUUUUUAUUCACGAUAAUCACCGAGCCUGAGGUGAAUAAUUGUUUUAGUAUAAUGUCAUAGGUGAUUAUUUGGAAAAAAUAAGAAAAUACACAUUUCUUGGUCAUUUAAUUGACAAAAAGGCUUCGGCCGCCAUUUUGAAAAUCGCUUAGGUGAUUAUCGCGUAAUAAUCACCUCAACGGCAACCAAUCAGCGUGGAGAAUUUUCAAUAAUCACCUAUGUAAUUAUACUAAAUGCCUAUAUGUUAUCUUUCAGGCUGUGGAACAACAGAUAAAAAGUUUUGGUCAGACACCAGCUCAACUCCUAACUGAACCACAUAUGGCUCGUCAAUAUCGCAAGGUGUGUUUUCGACUAUUUAUCCUGUAGUAUAUUAUACAUCUCUUAAUUUAUUACAACUUUCGCCUCUAUUUAUUUAACGAUUGAAUCCCCCUUGAAGUCAACGCUAGGUCCUGUUUCUUUAUUCCCAGCGAUGUUGAAGUGUCAUUCUUUUAGGGUUUUGGGUAUCCAUGAUCGUCCGAAUAGUUCUUUAUAAAAAUAGAAAGUUGGUUACUUUCUAGGACACACAUUCUAAAUAAGAAAAUAAGCAACUCCAUGUAUACUAAAAACCUUUCCAAGCUCUUAAAAGUAGAUUAUUUAUUUACGCAUUAGUCGCUUCACCCCAACCUCUCCCAACUGCUUUGAAAGAGGUGUUGGAUUCGCUUCAGUUAACGGCCUUGCAUUGUGUAUAUUGGUCUGAUUUUAAGGCAUAUUGGUGUGAUUUUAAGGCAUCUAUUUGCGUCGGUAAAAAGAAAAUGUGCAUCAAAGUUCUUAGCUAAUUAUUACCUCGGGUCGGUACGACACCGAGGUCUUAAAUUCGGCUCCUAUUUUUUUUUUUUUCUUGUUUUUUUUUCCAUUUGUGUCGAGCCGCGCGCGUAGUCGAAGAUCGAAGGGCCUGCGGAGGAGACGACAACUUCCGGUAAAUAAGUGUAUUUCCGGCAAGCAUCGGCCAAAGCGAAACGGAACGCGAAGCUGUCCUUGCACAAAAUCCAUCAGAAUUGUUGAUUUAAAACCAGAAGAUGUGAUAAUUUUGACAUACAUGUUUAGCUGGACAACUAUUCUCGAGUAUAUGUUGAUAUAAUGCACAAUACUUCGUAUGCAUAGCAUGGGAAUACCGCGGCCAACUUUCACUUGUUAUCUAUUAUAAUUACUGACCCGAAUCAAAAGUAAUUAUUUUCGGCUGGAAGACUACUGUACGUUGCUGCUUGUCGGGACCGUAUGACAAUGAACCUAUCCAACGUUACACUAGACAUUUGUGAGGACAUGCAUAUAGACAUAACCAUAGGCACUGUAGUGCAUUGUGAUAGAACAGAUUUCAGUUUAAUUAAUCGCCCUAAAUUAAAAUCUCCACAAGCGGAGGUCAAUUAUAGUGUUCUAGUGUACAUAUCAUUAAUGAUAAGGUUUACUCAAAUAGCGUAUUGGAUAAACACGGGAAUAGAACUUAUGGUGUAUUCUGCACAUGCGUAUAUCUAGGAUAAAAUCCCACAAGCGCAAACGAAACUAUUUCUCUAUAAAAUUGAACUGAAAAGACUCACAGCGACCGUUUCCAACAGUGCUUCAGGCACCCGACGACACCGUAUGUUCAGGCACCCGACGACACCGUAUGGGGGGCCUUUAGCACUGUCACCCUCUCAUCUUGGGCACAGAAUAGGAAGUUAUACCAGAAGCGUAAAGGUCCAGUUACACGUGCGAUUUUUUUCUCGCGCCGGCAACGCAACGCCUUUGCAACGGGUUAAAUUUCAUUGCGUUACUCGCGCGAGUGAAGUGGUGACACGAGCAAUGAUAGCUUAGCCGCGUCGCAACUAUUUGCAUGAAAUAAACGGGCACUAGUGUUUCGCAAUUCGCAAACGUCACUGACAAGAACAUGGCGCCGAAGAAAGAACUUGUGGUCAUAGCUGCAAUGCUUUUGCUGGAAGAAGAUGACGAGGAGGUUAAAGAAAAGAAACGUAUUUGGAGCCGGCACUGGCUUCUAGAGAGAAAAAACAAAGGUUAUUUCGGUCAGCUUCUUCCCGAUCUGGCUGCCCACGACACACCAGUGAUGCGAAUGGAUUUUGAUCAUUUCAAAAAGAUAGUUGAUAAUCUUUCUGAAACGCUUUACCGAAAGACACAAUAAUGCGUGAAUCAAUCAAGCCAGCAGAAAUGUGUUGUUUAACGCUUUGAUAUUUGGCAGCGCUACAGCACGCUGUCCGUACAGAAGCGAAUUUCAUUGGCUAUCUUAAAAUAGUCCAUGCGUUUCCUGCUCAAACAAUGCCUGGGUAAUUCGAUAUUUUCGGCAAUCGUUGCCGAAAGUUCAAGCAUUUCAACUUUCCGCAACGAUUGCCGAGAAUAUCGGGUUGCAAUUGCGUUACCGCGCCAGAUAUGUUACACGGGCAAUUUCAUCACUCGCGCGAGUAACGCAAUGAAAUUUAACCCGUUGCGUUGCCGGCGCGAGAAAAAAAUCGCACGUGUAACUGGACCUUAACUCGAGCAAAUAUUUGUCCGCGUUUUUACAAGCGAUUCGUCAUCAAUCACGCCAUCCUGGCUAGUACAACCGGCACUUUGUACCUACCAAAUCCUGAUAAAAACUUCCGGCUGUACUAGCCAGGAUGGCGUGGCCUGACGUGAGCGAGUUAAAAUUUUCGUGGACGUCAAACAAUAAGGGAAACGACUAGAGUUACGCUUCUGGUAUAACUUCCUAUUCUGUGUCUUGGGAUGUUCACGUUAUCGCGUGUACAUGUCAGGGUGACGAAGAUGCAUUAUUGCUAAUAAUGCAUAUGUCUGUGUGCACUGAUGCACGCUGCAUUAUUUUUAAUAAUGUUGUGUGCUAUUUUAACGCGUACAUAGAAUAUGACGCGUAUAAACAUUUACCCCUGAGCCGGAAUUUCCCUAUACAACCAAAAAGGCCGCUCCCGUUUUUCAGUAGAACGUUAAAUGAAAACUUCUCGACAUUCGCUGAUAUAAUGCAGAGAGAAAACAAUAGGUUUGAUGAGGGCCAGUAAUUAUUAUCAAUAAAAUAUUAAAACGGAGCUUUGAUUAACUGAUUCACCAUUUAUACUAGUGAACUAUUAAACUAUCGUGAUUUACACAAUUUUUGGAUAUUUACCAGACGAUCCCCUAUCCACCGACCCGAGGUUAACGCCGAGUCGGCGUCUUGUUAUGUUUUAAUUUUCACAUGGGCUGAAACCGUAUUUGGAGGAGGAGCAAAUGCUCAUUAUAUUCACUUCCGCGUUGUCAUUUUUCCUAGUUAAAGCUGUUUUAUUUUUUUUCCGUAGAUGCCAGAGGGAUACGACUACACUAAAUGUAAGAAGCUCGCUAUGGGAAAUUUUAAAUUCAAUUUCGUCGCCAUGCGGGAACUGGGCUUUAUUUUUCAGAGUAGACUUAUAAGACUUUACCAUAGCGUGUGAAAAUUCGAAAACGUUCCUCAAUCUUCUUAGAAAGGCAAAUUCCUCAGGAUCCUGAGAUCCCCUUUUUUCAUGCAGGUCUGCCCUUUAGGUUGACUGAAAAUGCAACCAUAUCUUCUUACUAAUAAUAAACCAGGGUGAAUUCCAUAUAUGUAUUCCUAGGAGAGACUUUGAACUCAGAGUGCCAAGUUUGUUGCCCUUUAAGUUCGAUGGGCAUUUUGGCAACUGAUGUAAAUUCAUUUCGAAGGUUUUAAUGUGUGCUAUUAAUCAAAGGAUUAGUGUCACACUAUGCAUGGUAUCACGGGCUUUUGUUAUUAUUUUUAUCAUACCCAAAAUCAACAAAUAACGAUAGAAUACAAUGAAAAAGCACUUCCCAUGAAUAAAUUUAUUUAUUUACAUACCGAGUUUUUUUUUCCAGUAAAGUAGUAUAGUAGUUUAACUUAUGUCCGUCAUUGAAAAUUUCAAUAAAAUAACGUCAACAUGCGUACAAUCGUCUGUAGAAAGUAUGCAGUUCAUAAGUAAAUCCAUUCGAAACACUCGGUAUAUCUAUAUAACAAACUUUCUUUCUUGGUCUAGGUGCGUAUCUGUCAUUCAGUGUAACACCCAAUGUUCCAGUGACCUAUAUCGCUCUCAAUAUAUCGUUGCCUACAUCUCCUGGACUAGUGACAAUAAGCUGUAACCAGUGUUUCUCUGUCAAUAAAUGGUUGAGCUCAGGUACGAGGAUUGAUAUACCAUUAUAUAUAAACAGUUUUUGUUGGACAUUUCAGAGUUUAAAUAACGUCAAGGAAAGCUAUGGGGCAACUUUGGCUAAAAAGUUCCUGGAAGACUGCAUUCUGCCCGUUUCCAGCUCGAGGUCAUUUUUUCUGCUAUUGCGAGACAGUGAUUUUGAUUAUUUAGUAUGUGACUUUAAACCAAAAAUGUCGUGAAGUUAUUUCUAAAAAAGGAGCUACUGCAGUACGUAUGUUGAAAAAGAAUAUUGUGUUUUAACAGUCAACGUGACAUAGGUGAAGGGAGCUUAUAUUUGAAACUGUGCAUGGGAUUUGGUAAAAAAUACGGCUGGGAAAUAGGAUUUAGAAAGAAGGUGGGCUGGAAAUCAGAUCUAGACCAUAGUUUUAUAUACACUAGAUAGCGCAUCUCUUUAAGAAAAUUGAAGCCAAGAAUAUUCCAGCGGUUACCCCCAUUUGAAUAGAUGGCGGCCAUGUUGGAGUUUCCCACUCGCUAAUAAACGCUUAAAAAACAACAAUAACUUUCAUCAUUUGAACAGUUUGAAAAUGUAUUUGGAAUAGGUUUAACUUAAUGUUUAAGUUCCCUGUUUAAGAAGUAGAAAACAUACGAGUCUUCUCAUUUCAUGGGAAUAUCCUGAGUCUGCAAUCACGGCUUCAAUUUUUGAAUUGCAGAAUAUUUAGAUGCAUUAUCUAGUGUAUAUAAGAUAUCUAUGAUCUAGACACCCCCUGAAAAAUAACUGAUGCCAAGUAUAUACAAACUUCGUAAAAUCUUUCUUAAUAAGUUUAACCUUAUAUUAUAACCAUCUCGUAAUAAUUGUAAAUACUUACCAAAUUGCUUAUGAUUUUGUUCUGAUAUGUAAUAGUAAUCUCACCUUACCUUACCUUACUCUCACGUUUCCCUCGUGAAAUAAAGUUUUUACUUACUGAUGGUUUAGGUCCUCCGCGGGAAACAUCUUUGCAAAACGUUGAAAUUGGACCAGAUCCAUUGAUAAGUAAGUCAAGUUAAAUUUACUACUGGCCAAAUUUUAAAAGCUGGUCCAAUGAUACUGGAAUAUUUAGUUGCAAAUACAGGCUGGAAACAGUCGUCGGCGUUGCCAAAUUAUGCCAAAUUAAUUGCAUAUAUGCAAGCAACAUGCGACACCGCGUACCAUGCAUGCAUCAAUAAUUGAUUAAAAUAGUUGAAUUCUCCCAACACCGACAUAACUGAUACUAAAGUAUUUCCUCUAUCUAGCCCCCAGCCUCUUUUUAACACCCCCUCCCCUCUAAUUAGCCCCACUCACUGACAGUUCAAAAAAUAAGCCAGAAAGAGAAGAAUAACUUAGCCAAGAAGAUUGUUUUAGUUUUCCCAUGACGAAACCUUUGUUUAGCGGAUGGAAUAUAAAAAAAUAUGUCUAAAAAUGCUGAAAAUCAAGCCCGUCUGGGGGUACAGCCCCACAAAAGCUGUAUGUUCUUAAAAGAACACAAAGCUUUUGUGGGGCUGUACCCCCAGACACCCUACCAGUUCCCACUUUUCUAAUUCACCACCGUACCGCUACUGUAAGCUUUCAAACGAAACUCAGCUUACUUGACAAAUCGAAUAUAAUAUGUAUUCUCGUCUUGAAUAAACCAAACUAAACUCGAUAAUACAUAUGUGAUAUUGUACGGUUCUCGUAUUUUGGCCACUUAUCCACCUACUAAAACAAAUAUAAAACAAAUAUACCAGAGCUAUAGUCUCGCAUACAUACGGGUAUUUAUGCAUAAAUUGUAACAUAAUAUUGUAUUCAAAUUGUCCAAUCAAAAAACAGCAUUUGUACCACGUGAUAAUGUAGCAAUGCAGCGUGAGAUACUAUAAUUUCCCACGUUAGAUCCACCGUGGGAUAUUAUAGUAUCUCACGCGUGACACGUGGACACCACGCUCGGAAACAAUAUGGCGUUCGCGAGCCGUUGUUUGUAAUUUCGUACAGAAGAUUUAUUGAUUUAACCAAAGAUUUUCAAGACGUAUGUUACCUUCAAUGAUCCAAAGGAUACAUGCUCAAAUAUUUUAAAGAGAAAACAUUAAAAACUCAGGUAUACAUAAGAAAUUAAAAAUUGUAUUCGUUUAGUUAAUAUUCAGCAAGUUUUCAAGUUUAUUCUGAACUUAGUGGGUUCUUUAACUUUCGGUAUAAUAUAUCAUUUAUAGACCCAGAGCGAGGGGGGAUUCGUCGAAAUAUUACCCUCAGUAUAUCAUCAUUUCGGGUAAUAUUCCGCCGAAUCCCCCUCACACUGGGUCUAUAACUGAUAAAUAUCCAUCUCGAUCUUACAGCUACCAUUUACUGAUUAAGUACGCACGUGAUUGGUAAUUAAUCGGGUAGAUUAAACGCAUCUGACAUGUCUUCAUACUGUUGAGUGGAUGUACCUAUCGCGUGAAAUAUUCUUAAUUAAACGGGUUGUUCUUGUUUUAGACGGCAAAAGUGUCCAUCCCCGUCGUCUUUUGGGUGAGCCACUGGACCAGACCGUUACGCCUACAGCGUCAUGUUUUUCUGUAACCGCGGAUAAUCGUUUUAUUUUCGCCUGUGGAUACUGGGAUAAGAGUUUCAAAAUUUUCUCCACAGAUACCGGUUAGUAUAAUUUAUUACGUGUGGGUAUACUCUUCAUGGGAAGUCCUGACAUAUGAUUAUUAGUGAGCUUAAGCAAUUAGCGACGUCUUUGACGACGACUUCGUCAACACGCACGUCACUGAAAAUUGGUAUGACUAAUUUUGGCGGCAUUUGCAUCAACGCGCGUAUAAGGAAGCAAAACACUUUUAAAAUGGGGUCUGGGACGACUGUGCUCCCCCUGGGUCCCGGGGAGUCCUAGUGUGAAGGCUCCUUUGCAUUCAGAACAGCGAAUUGCGGCGGUGUGUUCGUUCAAUUUGAACUCAAACAAUUUCUGAUCAUUUUUAUUGCAUUGAACAGAACUUGCCGCGAACAAAGUUUGUUUUUAUUUCAGAAAUGGACCUAUUACCUAGUGAACAAAGUUUUGAUCUAGACAAGUCUAGACAAAUGUUUCAUCACAGCUUGAAAGAGCACCACAAAAUAGUAAUAUUCCGAAGUUUCGUUGCGAAAUGUUGUAAAAUGCGGAUAAUAUAGCUCUGCGAAGUUUGCCGUUUUUCAGUCAUUUUGUAUUACGCAUGGGAAUUGAUACCGCUUUCUGAAAAAAGGUAUCAAUUUCCCGUGCGUAAUACAAAAUGACUGAAAAACGGCAAACUUCGCAGGGCUAUGUUAUCCGCUUUUUACAACAUUUCGCAACGAAACUUCGGAAUAUUACUAAUUUUGUGAUGCUCUUUCAAGCUGUGAUGAAAUUUUUGUCUAGACUUGUCUAGAUCAAAAUUUUGUUCAUUAGGGAAAAGGUCCUUUCGGAGCGCGAUGAAUGUAAACACAAAUACAUUUCAGACCGGUCUCGGCUGUGUUUUUUGCUUCGGAACAAUGCAUGCUCACAAAAUUACUAUAAAAAUGAAAAUGACGGGUAAGAUUUGAUAUUCGUACCGGUCUCGUGUGAACAUACUGAAAAUUUUCAUCCCGGUUUGACUUUGUCCCGGUCUCAUGAAACGUGGUCUUAGUUUGCAGACCAUCAAAUCCUUAUAGACUAUGUUCAUGUCUGUAGUUAAAACAGUUACAGAACGAUUGUCUACUGUCUUAUCCUAGGUAAGCUUCACCAGUGUGUGUUCGGUCACUGGGACGUCGUUACUAGUUUGUCAUAUGCUUUGGACGCCAUUGGAAACAAUAGUAAUGAUGCAAUAGUUGUCUCUGGCUCACGUGAUGCAACUUUGCUCGUAUGGUACUGGAACGGUAAACAGCAGCGGAUAUCUGCAAACGGCAGACCUGGUAUGUACCAUAUUACAGGGGUUAGGGCCGGUGAAGCAGCAGAGCUGGAAAGAGUAGCGGAACCAUGGGAACGUAGCUCCCGGACAUUUUUGGGGGGACUACAUUUUUGAAGAAAUUUUCACGAACAUUUUUUUUAUGUUUUAUAGCUAAUUCUGAAAAUUACACUUAUUGAAUAUCAAAAUUACUGAAUCCCUAAUUGUUGAAAGGAUUGAAUACCUAAUUAAUCAAAACUAAAUGACAGUGGAACAGUUCAGAACGAAAAUAGUCAUAUAGCCUGUAGUAGUAAUUUGUUUUUAAUCCUGCAUGUGGGUCUGUAACUACUAUGACUACUUCAGGUUUUAUCUUGUAUGCCUUGUCAGUCUUGAAGACACAACACAUCUCAAUUAAUGAAUACAUGAUUUUUUUAAAUCAACACCUUUAGUUAAUGGUGAUUUUUAUAUUAUAUACAAUUUAGGGAUGUGCCGGUAUAAAGUGGAAAACUACUGCAAACCAGUGGUGGAUUUAGGGGGGGGGCGGUGCACCCCCCCCAGGCUCUGGUCAACAGGGGUGCAUGGGGGGGGGGGUGCAAAAAUGACGUUUAUCCUAAUUCUAACCAACUUAUGUUACAACGAGGUUGCUUAUGUUAAGGAAUUCAGUUGGGUAUCACUAGUUGACAAUAGCGGAAUAGCCAAUAUUAAAUAUUCUGAAUUUUUAAAUGUUUUGAGAAUCUAAAACUUUUCCAGAAUGUUUUCUCAGAAUGCUGGAAAUGCCAUUUCAGAGACCCAAAUUUUAGAAAUUUUCCGGGGGAGUAUGCCCCCGGACCCGCCUAGAAAUCUCGCGCCUUCGGCGCUCGGCUGGUGGUUUCGCCAUUGGUUAGCUAGCACCCCCCCCCCCAAAAAAAAAACUUUGCUGGAUCCACCACUGGUGCAAACUAGUCUAUGAAGUUUUAGCCAAAAUUGUAGUUAAUUUCUAAACUUUUCAUAACUUUUAGGUGAUUCAGCCUCGGCCCGUGCAAUUCUCACUGGUCAUGAAACCGCUGUACUCUGUGCUGCUGUGAGCUCUUCUUUAGGAGUGGUUGUCAGUGGAUCACAAGGUAAGAUUUUCUCAAUCAUCAAUUUGAAAAUAUCACUGUGAAAAUUGAUGAGUAAUAAUUAUUACUUGAGUAAUACGUUCCUCUGACAUUUUUAGGAAACUUGAUUGGAAGACUUCAUGAUUUAGUUUAUAGAUUAAUUAUUGUUUAUAGAUUAAUUGUCAAAUUCUUUCAGAAUAUAUCUCGAGCUUCUUAUAGGUGUGCUAUACUACAUAGCUGCAUACCGUUAAAGACCGCGUAGACUUCCGUUCGACAAACUUGAAUGCGAAACAAUCGUAUGACUAAAUUUUGAGUUAAAAAAAUCCCUUUCGACUCGUCUUUUUCAACAAAUCAUGGAUGUAUACAGUGCCAUUACUACUAAAUAAUUUACCAAUUUAGAUGGAUCUUUCUUACUGCACACCAUGGUGGGUGAUUUGUUGUGUACUUUGGUCGAACCAUCCAGCUGUAGCCACCCUAUCGCGGUCACAAUCUCGAAUGAAGGAUUCAUUCUCGCCAACUAUGCCGACAAAAAAGGAGUUCUAGCAUUGUUUUCGGUGAAUGGGAAACAUUACAGAAGUGAUACACUGGAAGAGCAGGUUUUGGUAAGUGUUCACAUCAUAAACGUAGCUAUAUUACAGAGCAUAAUCUUAAUGGGAUUUGUCGAAUCAUAAGUAAUGAUAUUAAACUUAAAAGCCUAACCACUUUGUCGUAUAAAUGAAGGCUUGGCCUCGACUAUAAUGUCAACGGUCGUGUUGACAUUAUAUCAUGUUGAAAUCUAGCGUUCGGUGCAACUAUAGUGUAGGAGCGACCAUAACAAGACAGGAUGCGGAUUGACGGAGACACAUUUAUUAUUACCGCAUUAUUUGAGAAAUAUUCAUAAACUCACAAUUUGUUUGCCAAUUUGACAUACAGUAUAUAAGCUAAACUAAUACGAAAUCUUAAUCAUUGAUCGCCAUAUACACUUUCAGCAUAACGCUAUAGUAGAUAAUCGCCCCUCAAAUGUUAUUUUUGUGAAUUUCAUAUCAGCACAUUUCAUGAAUCGUUUCAGUAUACGUGCAUUCACAACGUGCCUGAUCAUUUCAUAUUUUUAAAAACGUGACUAAAUUGAAGUAUUUAUACCGUAGCGAUUUUAAAAAGAAGCUGAAAUUAUUAUACCCUAAUCCAGGUUCCAGAAAUUUUCAAUUCUGUCAUGCAGGGGACCUCAAAACGUGUUAACUUAUACUGUAGAACCGAAUAUUUAACGUAAGCUCUCUUCUUUCUCGCUAUACAGGUGUCGUGUUUCUCACGUGAUGGCAAUUUCUUCGUGACUGGUGGAUUUAGUAAGACGGUGACAGUUUGGCGUACUUGGGACAUGCAGCAGCUACAUACCUUCCCAGCGUGUGAUAGUAGCAUACGUACAUUGACUUUGUCAGAUGACUGCAGGUAGGUGGAGAAAUCGCGAAAGCAAUUCAUUUCCUUUUAUGUGUCGUUGUGUCUGUAACACUGCAAAAAAAUUUGACUCAAAAACUUGAGUAAAAUAGUGCACCUGCAGUGACUCAUAUUAUUAAGUAAAACUACUCACAUUUAUGAACAAAUUUACUCUCCAGAACGGCCAGAACGGUCAAAUUGUUGCACGGAACACAAAAUGUUUGUGCUUCGGACCCAUCUGGCCGGACAAUUUAGAUCAAAUAGAAGGAGAUCCAUUUUAACUAGAUAUUUGAUAAACAUAGACCAGAUCUGUCCAUUGAUACAGAGACAAAAAUUUCUGGUCCGACCGAUCUGGUCGUUAAAUGUUUAAUCAGUGCCUUACAGGAAAUGUAAUACACUGAUGAGAACAGUAUGCGUAAUUCGCAUGCAUAGGUUUUGAGCCUGCAUGAAGUCGAGGUUAUAAAAAUGGCGGCUCAUGUAGUUUAUAUCACAGUAUUAACUGUGUUUAUAUGUAGUCUUGAAUAUACUCAUAACGAAGCAACAUGCGUUUUGAAGUAAAGUUUCUUUAAAUGAAAUACACGACACACUCAAAACGGUUGUCUGAUUAUAAAUCCUAUUUUGAUAAUACGAUGUACCCCGAUAAACAAGAGAUUCCAUAACAAAAUUUAAUUUAUUUAAAUAAAAAGGAAAAGAUUAGCAAAAUGUGAUUUCGACCCGCCGCCCUCCCAAGCACAAGGUAUUAGCUGCGUCCCUGUAUAUAAAAUGAUAAUAAUUAAAAGAUAGUUUAGACACUUGGUACGGCUUAAGACAUUUUUUCUGUUUUGUAGAUGUUUAGCUGUUGGCCUGGCAUCUGGAAAUGUUUUAGUGCUAGAAAUGGAAUUUAGUAGAUGGGCUUUAACGUAGACAUUCAAUUAGUUUCGCGGCCAAGAUGGAGUGAUAUGGAGAUUGAGUUUGCGAUCUAUUUGUUGAAAAUGCGAUUUAUGAUGUAUAUUUGUGGUUGCAUUUCGCAUUUGAUAGGCUUUUCAAUUGCCUUAAAACCAUUUUAGAGCUCGAUAUUUGCCGACUCUCAAUUUAUUCUUGAAAAAUAGUCAAAGAAAUGAACGCUUUCGAAGGUCUAGCUGCAGCUUCCAGCUAUUUCAGGUUAAAGGACACUGGCAGUAAAAAAUUAGUUUCUCUCAUUUGAAAGAGUUCUAAAAAUAGUUAACAAAGACUUUUUACAGCUUUUUCAUAUCUUGCUUGAUUCUUGAAACACUAAACUGAAAACAGUUGUCCGCCAUCUUGGAUUAUUCCGGAUAUGCAUACAUGCUAUGUCACAAGAGGGAUUACGCAAACUAUUAUCUUGACAGCCAGUAAUCAAUAUGAACCCAAAUCUCGUUCUGGGUCGCUAUUUCAAAUGUCCAAAUGAAUAGCUCCACACUUGACGUUAUUUAAUGAGGUUAAGAAUUUAAACAAUCUUAUCCAUGUGAACAAUACUUUCUUACCCAAAACAAAGAAAUCUGAGAGAUUAACAAGAUUGUCGCAUAGUACCUUCGAAGAGCGACGAUACAGAACAUCAACGUACAGCAGAUCUUACUUAAUACGAUCAACACGGAUAUGGAACACACUACCGAAAGAAAUAACCCAAACCCACAACAAAUCCUCUCUUGGCACUUUCAAGAAUAUUCUGAAAGAAUACUACUACUACGCUCUUUCCCCAACUUUCGACCCUGACGACCCACGUACGGUGGAAGACAACCUGUCUCAGAUAUAAUUGUGUUCGAAGUCUGUUGGUUCCCCCUUCUUCUUGUUUUUAAACCUCGCGCAACUGAUUAUUUAAAUUUUGGUAAAACCAGGGCCUUUCCAUACCAGGUAAUCCCAGACAUCUUCCAGGUUAUUUUCAAACCGUAAUGUGUGUAAAUUUCAGUCACUGUGUUCUUUUUUUUUGGGGGGGGGGGGGUUCAUAUUCUUACUAUUACAUUGUAUGGAAAGGUUUUGCUUUUACCAACGGUAACAUAUAUUUUUUGUAAGUAAUUGUCUGAAUGAUUGAUCUCUUGGUUGGUUGAUUGAACACAUCAAUUGAACAGUUCGUUAAUUAAUUGAUUGAUUGUUACCAAGGCAAAGUUCGAAAAUUUAAUUAAUCCAAGAUGGCGGACGGCUUGUUGCCUUCGAUGAAAAUAUUCCAAUAAUUAAGUUUUAUUUUGAGAAAUCUGCAACAAGAUUUAUAUUAAGACAUAAUUUGAAAGUUCUUCUUUCAAAUGAGACAAACAAAAGUUUUAGUUCCAGUGUCCUUUAGUCCAAAUGAAAGAAUAGAGAUGACCUUUUGCUAUUUUCACUUUGUUUUAGACAACAGUACUGUGUAUGUAUGUAACUAGGUAAAUUUUAUUUAAUGGCACCAGCCUCGUCAACAUUUAAUGUUAGUUUCCACGAGGUAUGUCUAUAAUACAAAUACACUUUACAGAAUUAGUACGCCUUACAUUGCAGAUAAACGAACAUGCCUUGUUUUAAUUUAUUAACCCGAGGGUGGCGCUCUUCCAUAGUUCUGGGAAAAGAAUACACCCUUGUGCAAAGUACGUCGCUUUGGCUAUAGAGCCUCGUUUUCAUGUGUUCACAUUAGGCAAACCCCAACAUCUCAUUCAUGAAACGAGGCUCUGUAGCCAAGGUGACGUACGAGAGAUCAUUGAAAUAUUUUAACCAACUUAACACUGUAAUACAGGAGAUGGAAUAAAUUCCUAUAUGAAUCAUUAAAUAUGUACUGUAGUUUCUGUCGAAUAAUUCCGUAUGAAAGUGCUUCGAUUAACUGAAGCGGUGUUUUGAGUGAG